UUGGGGGACCCAAGGAGACGUCUGAGGUCAAGACAGGAAAACAACCCCGGAGAAAAGAGAAACCUGGGAAGGUUUUUAAGGCGACUUCAGCAAAAAGAAGCGGUGAGCCAAAGUGGGGAAGGGGAAAGGCCCACUUUAAAGAGCAGAACAGCCUCCUAAGCAAUCAGCAAGCUAUUUUGGAUUUCUAACUACCGGAAGGCCAAAUAUCACAAUAAUAUCUAACAAGAGGGAUUAUUUGGCUGUGAUUCCUGCAUUGCAUAGAUGGUUCUUUCAAGCCCACGAUUCUGUGCUUCUAAGGGAAACCUUUUCUCCUCGUCCCAUAAAUACCAAGGCUGGGAAUAAUAAUAAUAAUAAUAAUAAUAAUAAUAAUAAUAAUAAUAUGAUAAUGAUGUUAAUGAUAAUAAUGAUGAUAAUGAUAAUGAUAACAAUUUAUUAUUUAUACCCCGCCCAUCUGGCUGAGUUUCCCCAGCCACUCUGGGCGGCUUCCAAUCAAGUGUUAAAAACAAUACUAAAAACUUCCCUGAACAGGGCUGCCUUCAGAUGUCUUUUAAAGAGAAGAUAGCUGCUUAUUUCCUUCACAUCUGAAGGGAGGGCAUUCCACAGGGCGGGCGCCACCACCGAGAAGGCCCUCUGCCUGGUUCCCUGUAACUUGGCUUCUCGCAAUGAGGGAACUGCCAGAAGGCCCUUGGCGCUGGAUCUCAGUGUCUGGGCUGAACGAUGGGGGUGGAGACGCUCCUUCAGGUAUACAGGACCGAGGCCGUUUAGGGCUUUAAAGGUCAGCACCGACACUUUGAAUUGUGCUCGGAGUCCUACUGGGAGCCAAUGCAGAUCUCUCAGGACUGGUGUUAUGUGGUCCCAGCGGCCACUCCCAGUCACCAGUCUAGCUGCCACAUCCCAUGGCCAAACCAGUUGGGCAGUAAAUUCAAGAGAGAGGGUGUUCUGGAAUUCUGGUGGCCUUUUUUUUUUAAAUAAAAAAGGGAAGAUUAUUAUUGUGGCGAUGACAAUUUGUCAAAGAAACUCCGCAGAGGGCAGAGGCCUAGGCAAGCCAAGCCUCCAUAUACAGGCGCAAUCUUAUCUCUCAGGAGCCACAUGGCCAAAAUGAGAUGUCCUUUCCUGCCCCACUGGCGAACGCACACUGUUUCAUUGAUUUGCUGGGUUCAACUGAGUUUUUUUUAAAAAAUUCUGUGCACAUGCAUUAAAAAAACAAAACACCACUUGUUUUAUUGUAAGCACUUUUGGGUUGCCUUUGCAGGAAAGCAAAUACGGUGUUUCUGUUUUGCUUUGUUUCGGCUAAAAAUCCUGCCACUAGGAAUAUGGGGGGUGGGAUAUUAAAUCAAACAAUGUAUUUGGGGUAUAUAGGAUAAGUUAUUGGAGAAUUCUACCUGCCUCCUUCCAUACGCUUCAUUCCAUAGGAGCCAACCCCUAGGGGCCGAAGUCCCUUCAGUCCCCACCCACAAUGAAAUAUUUGAGCCCCCUAAAGUUAAAGUUUGAGCCUCCUAAAGUUAACAAGGGACGCGGGUGGCGCUGUGGGUUAAACCACAGAGCCUAGGACUUGCCGAUCAGAAGGUUGGCGAUUCGAAUCCCCGCAACGGGGUGAGCUCCCGUUGCUCGGUCCCUGCUCCUGCCAACCUAGCAGUUCGAAAGCACCUCAAAGUGCAAGUAGAUAAAUAGGUACCACUCCAGCGGGAAGGUAAACGGCGUUUCCGUGCGCUGCUCUGGUUCGCCAGAAGCGGCUUAGUCCUGCUGGCCACAUGACCCAGAAGCUGUACGCCCGCUCCCUCGGCCACUAAAGCAAGAUGAGCGCCGCAACCCCAGAGUCGUCCACGACUGGACCUAAUGGUCAGGGGUCCCUUUACCUUUAUCUAAAGUUAAUGGGCUUUGCCAUUCAAAUGGUGUGCUUGUCUCGCAUGUUGUGAUCAAUUAUGUGGGGUGUCAGGGAUUACCUGCUCCUCCCAUAAUAUUUUAUUCAAGUCCACCCCCAACCCCCCUUGCUUCAUUCUAACUGGGUAUAAUUUUUUUAACUGAGAUGGCUCCACCUUAGUGGAGCAUAGGAGACCCUGCCUGACCUUUGGCUUGGAAUCAACUUGAUCCCCUCCCCCUCUUUCCUUUUCCCUUCCUCCUUUUGCGAUGGAACUCCUAUUUGGGGACUUCCCUGGCUUUUUUCUGGCCCACGUAGGACCAGGCUGGAUAGCUGGCCUUGGUGAAGACUUGACGUUUUCAUUCCCCAAAAAGUUUUUGAUUUGAGUUUCUGCUGAAAUGAGGCUGCAUUUUAAUCUUGUUUUUAAGUUGUAUUUCAAUCAAUUGUUUUUAUACCUGGUGUCAGCCACCCUGAGCCCGGUCUUGGCUGGGGAGGGUAUAAUAAAAUUUAUUAUUAUUAUCUCUCAAGAGUCGUGGGUUCGAGUUCCCUUCCAACGCCACAGUCCGAUGAUUCUGACUUAUCUGCUAGCUCUCAAGUCUCAGAAUCUUGAAGGAGGGAGGAAAUUGAUCCCUCGCAGGCUGCUGGCAGAUGGCGCUGAGGAGACGCUGGCCAACCAUACUAUUAAAAGCUCCUUGCCUUUUAACUUAACAGCUCCCCCACCCUCUCCUUUGUCCCUCCUUCUGGCUGGCUGGCUGCUCGCUCGCUCGGAGGCACCUUUCGGCGCUGGUUGUGUUGGAGGCUCUCCGGCAGGGGCUCACCUGGCCGGGGAAGAGAGACAGAGAGACCCCUCCUUUGCGCACCUGCCUCGGGUCCUUGCACCCUUCUCCUGCCAGCCCGGAUGGCGCUUCGGAUGCGGCAGGUCGUCGGCCGUCCUGCGCUCCCGCUGCAGCCGCCGCCGCGCUGGCUAUUGUGAGAGCAGCAGCCCGGGGUUUCUUGGCUAGCGGUGAAGCCUGCAUCCCGGCCUCUGCAAUGCUGUCUUCUUUGCGGUCCAGCCCUCAACCUUGAGCUCAGACGCGAUGCCAGAGAGCGGGGCAGGAGCGGCGCCGGGCUCCCAGGACAGCGAGCGCCACAAGAGGGGCGCCACAGAUGGCGAGGCGUCCGGGCCAGCUGCCACCGGGGUCCUGGGUGAGUAUUUGGCGAGGUCUGGACCACUUCCGCGCGCUAUCCCUUGGGAGGGUGGGGGGAAACAACAGUGGUGCAAGGGUGGGGAGGGGGGUGGACGAGAGAUGAGGCCGGAUUUCCCUGCUUUUCGGGGGUGCCCAGCAGACUUUGCCAAAGUUCGGGGAAACCGAACCUUUGGACCCGACUAAACCCGGGAUAGGGGAAGGAGGGUCGUCCGGCGCGAAAGGAGCGAUGCGGAGCAUUCGUGGUACCCGGGAAAGCGCAUCUCUGGGGCGUCGAGCUAUUGUCUGGAAAACGUUAAGCCCCUUCCGCUGUCGAGGAAGGAAGACCCUCGCCCCAGCCUUUUGUUGUGCAAUGGCCAGCCACGGGUUUUCGGGAAGAGGGUCUCCGGAAGCUGUUUCGGGAGGGGGUCCGCCUUUCCCACCGGUGCGUAUUUUUACGCACGCUUGGACCCGACACCGUUUUGGUCCGCUCUCUCUCUCCGCCUGAUGUCAUCCUUCCACAACGUGCCGGGGGGGGGGGGAAGCGGGGGAUGCUCAGCCCAUUCAGAAAUUCUCCUCUGCCGUACGCUCCUGCGGAGGAGGAGUGCGGAAUUGCCGCCGCGGGCACAGCAGAGCGGGAGAAGCAGCCCCGGCGCUGCGGUCCACUGCGGAUGCGCUCCUCGGGAUGGCACCGCCGGGGAGGCGUCCGAGGGGCUCGGAGGGAGCACGUGUCGCUUGAGCUGCGGGCGAGGAGGAGGCCGAGGGCCGUGGUCUGCCGCGGCGCCGAAGGACAGAGGGAGCGCAAAUCCAAACGCCCAAGGCCUUUCGACCGGACCAACUAGGUUCUCCAUACUGGACCCUUUUGGGUAGUCCGAGCCUUUGCGCCUUGACGCUUUUCGGCACGGUUCGUAGUUCCGGGAGGAUUGUUUCUGCCCCCAAUGGCCUGGGAUUUAUUUAAUUUUUUUAAUAAAAUAAAUAAACUCAAGCUUCUCCAGAAGAGAGUCCUUCGCCUUCACCGCAGACAAUUCAGAUGCGCUUAACAGCUGGGGAUGCCUUGGUCAGUUUGGUCCAACUACAAUGGGUGCAAAUAUCUCCAUGGGGCAGAUAGAAGUCUAUCCAUAGGUGCCAGCUCCCUGGGUGCCCCUGCACCCACAAAUUCCCCCGCGGAGGAACCGGGCACCCACAAAUAUCUGGGCCAGGGUCGUGCCUGCUGCAUGAUGGCACCCGCGGUUGUGUGGCGAAGCUGGCAGUCCUGAGUCUGAGGGAGCUUUCGCUUCCACCUCCACCUCCAAGCUGCCAAACCAUCCCAGUUGUCUGAAUGAGCGACAGCUCUUUGAUUCUGCAGCAAAGGUGACCUUAAUUCAGCCUAUCCAAGGUUAGGAGUGGGGAAUCUGGGGAGGGAUGUCUGCAGAACCGGCAGAAAGAGCUCAGGGGGACUGCCGGUUCAGGGUCAGGCCUGCUCGCUACCCGAGGCUCAAGACCGCUAGAACACCCACCUUCUUUACCCAUUAAAUUUUAAUUAAAUUUUCCGACAUACAUUUAUAGUAUCCAAUCUAAAUUUAUCACCUAUUUUCUCUUUUAGACUUCCUUCAACCUCUCUGACAAUCAUCCAUUAUUCAAAUUUUUUAAUACACAUUUCCUAGUUUUGUAUUGCAUUUUAUAAACCUUCACACACUUAGUUUUCAUCAAUACAAUAGUCCUCUAUCAUUUACAGAACUUCUUGAAACCCCACUAGCGUUAUUUGCUCAUCACAUACACAUAGUCUGAAAAUUUCCCCCAGUCUUCAAUGAACUUUUGGUCUCGUAUAUAUCUGAUCUUUCCUGUUAGUUUGUCUAGUUCAGCAUACUCCAUCAGUUUUAUUCUCCAUUCUUCGAGCGUUGGCAGUUGUUCCUGCUUCCACCCACCUUCUGCUAAUGAACGCAACUGCCCCAGGACACGGUUGCGGGGUAAGGGUGGGGGAGAAGUCCCCUGGUUUGAAGCAGGGCAUCUUGGUGCCAUGGCAUGCCGCAGAGGUCCACUUUGGAUGUGUCUUGUUCGGCCGCCCCCUCCCCCUCGCUCUUAUGUCUUGGGCCUUCUGGGAAGGGAGAAUUAUUCCCAGUGCAGCUUGUUGGAAGAUUCGGGACGGCUUAAAGCAGGGCUUUUUCAGCAGGGGGCCGGCCCACUGUCCCUCAGAACUUUGCGGGGGCCGGACUAUAUUUUGAAAAAUAUAAAUACCCUGCAAGCCGGUCCCGCAGUUGCUUCCGGGCCUGGAGGAGGAACGCACUCUGCACGUGCUCAGGAGCGCGUCUCGGCACCACCCGCUCACUGGCGUUGUUGGCGAGCAGCGGCCGCUCCAUUGGCCCGUCCCCACAGAGCUCCCAGGCGGUGUGCACCACGCGCUGCGGCCUGUCGUCCAAGGUCAGGUUGGCGGGCAGGCCGCGCAUGUGAAGCGCUGGGCAGGCGGCCGACAGCUUGCCCUCCAGCUGCUCCAGCGCAGCUGCCAAGCCGGGCGCCAGGCACAGGGCCAGCAGGUGUGCCAAGCUCCGGGUGAAUAUAAUAAUAAUAAUAAUAAUAAUAAUAAUAAUAAUAAUUUAUUAUUUAUACCCCGCCCAUCUGGCUGGGUUUCCCCAGCCGCUCGAGGCAGCUUCCAACAAAGUAUUAAAAUACAGUGGUCUGUUAAACACUAAAAGCUUCCCUAAACAGGGCUGCCUUCAGAUGUCUUCUAAAAGUCUGGUAGUUGUUCUUCUCUUUGACAUCUGGUGGGAGGGCAUUCCACAGGGCGGGUGCCACCACCGAGAAGGCCCUCUGCCUGGUUCCCUGUAACUUGGCUUCUUGCAGUGAGGGAGCUGCCAGAAGGCCCUCGGAGCUGGACCUCAGUGUCCGGGCAGAACGAUGGGGGUGGAGACGCUCCUUCAGGUCUACUGGGCCGAGGCCAUUUAGGGCUUUAAAGGUCAGCACCAACACUUUUUGAAUUGUGCUCGGAAAUGUACUGAGAGCCAAUGUAGGUCUUUUUAUGUGGUCUCGGCGGCCGCUCCCAGUCACCAGUCUGGCUGCCGCAUUCUGGAUUAGUCACGAUGCCCAUGGCACGGACCAGACCCGUUGCCUGUUCGCUAACCUCUCUGUCCAUGGCCACGCCGGGUUUACUUCAGCACACGGGUGGCAAGGCUUCGGAUUGGCUGCAGGAGCUUCCUGCAGCCAAUCUGAAGCUGUACCAGCAUCAUGGAAGUCAGUCCUCGCGCGGCGAGGCGUCCGCAGCUUCUGUUCAAGGAAACGCCGUGCUGCGCCGGUUUAGCUCAGCACAGGGACUGACCGAGCGGGCAGCAGGGUCCGCGGGCCAGAUUUACGAGCCUGGUGGGCUGCAUGUAGACCCCGGGCCAUAGUUUGCCAGCCGCUGGCUUAAAGGAAGGACAUCUUCACACAGAGCAAGUUAAACAUAUACAUAUCAUUUCCAACAAUCAUAUAACAUAACUUCUUAUCUUAUACAAUAUAUUCAUAUAUUUACUCCAGUCUUCCAAGAAUCUCUGGUCCCACAGGUUUCGAAUCCUUCCUGUGAAUUUAUCUAAUUCUGCAUAGUCCAUCAAUUUCGCCUGCCGUUCUUCUUUCGUCGGUAAUUCUUCUCGUUUCCAUUUUUGUGCCAAUAAUAUUCUUGCUUGCUGCAUGUAAAAACAACUUACAAUCCUGUCUAUUAACAUCAUCUCCUACAAUGCCAAGUAAAAAUGCUUCUAGUUCUCCUUAUAUCCUUUCGUUAAGUCAGGUGUGUUAGGAGCUCCACUCCAAGGAGUGAGUUAAACCACUGAGCCUAAGACUUGCCGAUCAGAAGGUCGGCGGUUCAAAUCACUGCAAUGAUGAGGUGAGCUCCCAUUGCUCAGUCCCUGCUCCUGCCAACCUAGAAGUUCGAAAGCACGUCAAAGUGCAAGUAGAUAAAUAGGUACCACUCCGGUGGGAAGGUAAACGGCGUUUCCAUGCGCUGCUCUGGUUCGCCAGAAGCGGCUUAGUCCUGCUGGCCACACGACCCGGAAGCUGUACGCCGGCUCCCUCGGCCAGUAAAGCGAGAUGAGCGCCGCAACCCCAGAGUCGGCCACGAAUGGACCUAAUGGUCAGGGGUCCCUUUACCUUUACUUAACUCUGGUGAAAACCCAGCAGUGCCAAACAUUAUUAAUUGUGUGAGAGAAAUGAGAUCAGUUGCCAGAUGUACCUGCAUUCAGUCUGAUCACUUGCCAAAACAGUUGCAAAAAAAUAAUAACAUUUUUAUUGCAGCAAUUUGGAGGGGAAAGAUUUGGUUUGCAGGAAAUCUGGGUGCCAAACCAUGACUUUGGCCACCUCAUGAGAAGAGAAGACUCCCUGGAAAAGACCCUGGUGUUGGGAAAGAUGGAGGGCACAAGGAGAAGGGGACGACAGAGGACGAGAUGGUGGGACAGUGUUCCCGAAGCUACCAGCAUGAGUUUGACCAAACUGCGGGAGGCAGUGGAAGACAGGAGUGCCUGGUGUGCUCUGGUCCAGGGGGCCACGAAGAGUCGGACACGACUAACGACUAAACAACAACGAAGUCAUGGAACAGGAUACACUUUGCAGAUGUUUCCGGAUGUACGGGCAACAAGAAUAAGAAAUAAAAAACGCAGGGCAUAGUCUUCCUGAUUCAGGGCCAACAUCGCUGGAACUGUGCUGAUUCCAAGUGAUGAAGGGAGUCUGCAAUAUCAGAGUUCUGCACCGCAUCAAACAUUCACUGGAAAGCCAAGCUGUUGCUGCCCCAACCCUGACUACCGUAUUUUUUGCUCUAUAAGACUCACUUUUUCCCUCCUUAAAAGGAAGGGGCAAUGUGUUCAUCUUACGGAGCGAAUGCAGGCUGCGCAGCUAUCCCAGAAGCCAGAACAGCAAGAGGGAUUGCUGCUUUCACUGCGCAGCGAUCCCUCUUGCUGUUCUGGCUUCUGGGAUUCAGAAUAUAUUUUUUCUUGUUUUCCUCCUCCAAAAACUAGGUGCGUCUUGUGGUCUGGUGCGUCUUAUAGAGCGAAAAAUACACUAUGUCCUGUGUUUUUCUGUCGCCUCUGCUCUGCGAUCAACGCCCUCCUCUAAGCCUAGGCUGCUGCCUGCCAGAGCGCAUCUAUCAUGUACAUAUAUUCUCCCAGCAAUGCCAGCCUCUGCCCCCACUAUUCCUGUGCCAAGGCUGUCUCUGGGCAGCCACAAUGCCUGGACUGUUUGCUUCCUUGCUCCGAGAGAAGCAGUCUUUAUUCCCGCCCAAACAGGACCCAGAUGACUCUGAUGGGUGAAGAGAGGCCUUCUUUGUCAUCCACGGUGGAUGAGUGGUGGGGUUUUUUGGAGGCUGAGGGCAGUUUUCAACAUCCUUCUCCAGAACCUUCCCAGCUUAGCAGGCGAUGCCAAAUCCUGAAACUGAUUCAGCCUGGUGUGUAGGACGAGUUACGAGCCCGUCCACAUUUCCCAGAAGAAAACUGGGUUUCUUGAAGCCUGCGAAAAUGGACCAGAUUCACAGAUCAUUUCGUAACCGUCCCAGAAAAGAUGGAGCUGGAAACCGUGCAAGACUUCAACUCUCAUCAGUCCCAGUAGCCAGCAUGGCCAGUGCUCAGAGACGAUGGGAACUGGAGUACGGGAACAUCUGGAAGGAAACAGUCUGUUCCAAAACCAAAGCGUUCCAAAACCAAGCCUCAUUUUCCCAUAGAAAGCAAUGCAAAACAGAUCAGUUCCCAGUCUUUUAAAAACAACUCCUAAAACGGCAAUUUAACAUGGGUUUUACUAUCUAACAAGACCAUUGAUCCGUAAAAUGAAAGCAAUAAUCAAUGUGCUGUACUAUAAAAUGAAUAAGACAGUACAUGGGACGCGGGUGGCGCUGUGGUCUAAACCACAGAGCCCAGGGCUUGCCGAUCGGAAGGUCGGCGGUUCGAAUCCCUGCGACGGGGUGAGCUCCCGUUGCUCGGUCCCUGCUCCUGCCCACCGGAAAAACUGUCUGCGAACAAACGCCGGCUCCCUUGGCCAGUAAAGUGAGAUGAGCGCCGCAAACCCACAGUUGUCUGCAACAGUGACGACGACAACAACAACAACAACAACAAGAAUAAGAAUACAGUGGUACCUCGGGUUAAGUACUUAAUUUGUUCCGGAGGUCCGUUCUUAACCUGAAACUGUUCUUAACCUGAAGCACCACUUUAGCUAAUGGGGCCUCCUGCUGCCGCUGCGCCGCCGGAGCACAAUUUCUGUUCUCAUCCUGAAGCAAAGUUCUUAACCCGAGGUACUAUUUCUGUGUUAGCGGAGUCUGUAACCUGAAGCGUAUGUAACCUGAAGCGUAUGUAACCCAAGGUACCACUGUAAUAGUAGUAGUAGCGCUCAUCUCGCUUUAUUGGCCGAGGGAGCCGACGUACAGCUUCCAGGUCAUGUGGCCAGCAGGACUAAGCCGCUUCUGGUCAACGAGAGCAGCGCACGGAAACGCUGUUUACCUUCCCGCCGGAGCGGUACCUACUUAUCUACUUGCACUUUGACGUGCUUUCGAACUGCUAGGUGGGUAGGAGCAGGGACCCAGCAAUGGGAGCUCACCCCGUCACGGGGAUUCAAACCACCGACCUUCUGGUCGGCAAGUCCUAGGCUCUGUGGUUUAACCCACAGCGCCACCCGCAUCCCGCAAUAAUAGUAGUAAUAAUAAUAAUAAUAAUAAUAUACCCCUUUUGGUUGGGUUGCCCCAGCCACUCUUUUUCUACAGGUGACUAAGGGCCGGGUGGAAUUAAGCGGGGGCUUUUGGGGGCCAAAGAACUGACAGGGAACGGAUUUGGGGUGAAGCAUCAACAGAAGGAUUUUUCCGUGGGCACCAUGGGGCAGGAGGAGCCGUCAGGCCUUCCUUCUGCACGACGCUUAGGAGCCUGAACCUACGUCUCUGCAUAUAAAUGAGCAUAUAUGUAAGAUUUAUGCAAAUUUGUGUCUGCAAGCCAGGGUGGGGACGGGCAUGCCCCAAAUCUUCGUAAGCCUUUAACGAAGCGGAUGGAAAGCUAGAAUUAAUUUUCGUUGGCGCAGAGCUUUCGAGAGGGUGGUGGUUCAGGCCCCAGGGAGCUCCCUGACCCCAUUAUUCCCCUACUUAGGGCGGCGAACCUUUGCUUGUUAUCGCUCCGCGAGGCCCGAUCCGAGAGCAGCCGUGCUCUUUGCACCCCCUUGGCUGCGAACCAAGGCCUCUGGCCGUUCACACCCAUUUCCUGCCAGCCUGCCACCCGUUCCAGUCCGGCCGGAUAUUUUUUGUGUGGCGCAAGGUAUCCGUGAUGCCUAGAAGGUUUCUAACACCGUGUUGGAGGCAGUAAAUGUCUCUAAUAACCAUUUCUGGAAAUCACAAGUGGGGAGAGUAAUAGUAGUAGUAGUAGUAGUAGUAGUAGUAGUAGUAAACACUGUUCUAAGAAGAAUAUCUUGGUGUGUAUAGACUAAGUUUGUAAAGCAGACGUAGGAAAUAAUAAUAAUAUUCCAAUAAUAUUAAAGAAGAGAUGUGUACGAUGCAAUGUAAAAAAGAACUUUAAGGGGUAAUGAGUAUUGGAGGAGGGAAGUCACAUGGGUAUAUUAAUAUUUUCUUUUUCUUUUCUCCCUUUCUUUUUUGUUUUUCCUUUAUCAUAUGGGUUAUUAUUUGUAUUAUUUGUAUUUCUGUUUAUGUGAGUGAUCAAUGUUUGUUUGCGAAAUAGUUUUAUAAUAAUAAUAGUAGUAGUAGUAGUAGCAGUAGUAGUAGUAGUAGUAGUAGCAGUAGUAAGGUAAAGGUAAAGGGACCCCUGACCAUUAGGUCCAGUCGUGGCCGACUCUGGGGUUGCGGCACUCAUCUCGCUUUAUUGGCCGAGGGAGCGGGCGUACAGCUUCCGGGUCAUGUGGCCAGCAGGAGUAAGCCUCUUCUGGCGAACCAGAGCAGCGCACGGAAAUGCCAUUUACCUUCCCGCCAGAGUGGUACCUAUUUAUCUACUUGCACUUUGACAUACUUUCGAACUGCUAGGUUGGCAGGAUCAGGGACCGAGCAACGGGAGCUCACCCCGUUGCGGGGAUUCGAACCGCCAACCUUCUGAUCGGCAAGUCCUAGGCUCUGUGGUUUAACCCACAACGCCACCCGCGUCCCUCUGGAUAGGCCUCCUUUGGGCCGGAUCCAGCAGCCGGCCUCUUAUGAAUCAUCCAAACAUGUGGCAAAACUGAAUGCCCUUUGCACCUGUGUGUAUUUCUACACAGACGGAUAUACAAAAUAGCCAAAGCUAUAGUUUUUGCACGGCUUGCUGGCUUUGCUUUCGAGCCCCGGACCAAACCUUGUUCUUGCCCCUUAAUUUUGGACUUUCCGUUGCUCGGGAGAAGCGGAACGGGUGGGAAACAGAACAAAGGAGACCGCCUGGCCCCGUGCAUCCGUUCUGGUGGGAACUCCAUCACCGGAGGCGGUUGCCAUAGAGACGGGUAGCGUUUAGCAUCCCUGCUCCUUCCCCUCCUUUCUCUCCCCCUUCCCACUGUUUUCCCAGAGGAAGGCACUGGCGUGGGGAACGAACUGCUGCUGGCAUCUUUCAGCAACCAGGUAAGGGACCUCUUUGAUCGAGUUGCCGAGGGGGCAAGUUGUUCGCACAACAACAUCCUUCAGAGAUGAGACAAACUGGGGAGCUUGCAGGCGCCGAGUUUUAGGCCUGUCGUAAAACAUUAGCUGCAGUCGGCUCGCGCUGCAAACCUUUCUUUCCGGCUGCAGAGCAUGUUUCUGUUCCUAUCAUUGUGUCUCCGGUUUUCAUCCCGAUGGCUUUUUGGGGUUACCUGUUUCUGAACGUUGCCGCCUUUGUCCCUGUGCUGUGUACCUGGGUGGAGGGUCAGGAUUGCAAAUGAGGUGGACGCGAGGUGGACUGCGGGACGGAAAGCCAUACCUGUUGAUUUUUUGCUGCCAGGGUGGCCAUUGAAAGCGCAGGAACACUGCCUUUGAGGGGAGGUUUGGCAACUCUGCAGAGAAGAGAACUAUUGGUGGGGGGACUCCAGAGGUGCUUUAUGGCACGUUUGUGAUUAUUUGUGCUCAGAACAGCAGCAGGGUGGUUAAGCAUCUUGUUUUCAAGACUUCAAAAGUUUCUGGGCAGGCGUUCCCUACCUGUGCAUGUCCCCAAACUUCCUGCUGAAAAGGCUGGAACUUUUCAUAUCGUCAAAGUUCCGGUUAUUUGUUUAUUUUCUCCCGCUUUCGUUCUGCGGAAGCGCCCCCUCCGGGCGGUGAAUAACACUUGGGAAGCAGUGCAGAAAGGCAGAUGGAGUGGAACGACGCAUCGAAAGUGAAGGGUAAACCCCACCAGCGAAUGCACAAUUGUUACAUCAGUGACAUGUUGCAGCAGACCCCUGACAUAGGCGCCAACUCCAUGGGGCUGAGGACAGCUCAGCCGCCCCCCCCCCCAGUAUGCAAGGAUGGGGCUUAGAGGGCCUUCUCGGUGGUGGCGCCUGUCCUGUCGAAUGCCCUCCCACCUUGCAUCUUCCAGCCCGGACACUGAGGUCCAGCUCCGAGGGCCUUCUGGCGGUUCCCUCCCUGCGAGAAGUGAGGUCACAGGGAACCAGGCAGAGGGCCUUCUCUGUAGUGGCACCCGCCCUGUGGAACGCCCUCCCAUCAGGUGUCAAGGAAUAAACAACUAUCUGACUCUUAGAAGUCAUCUGAAGGCAGCCCUGUUUAGGGAAGUUUUUAAUGUUUGAUGUAUAUUGUGUUUUUAAUCUUCUGUUGGGAGCUGCCCAGAGUGGCUGGGGAAACCCAGCCAGAUGGGCGGGCUAUAAAUAAUAAACAAUUAUUAUUAUUGUUAUUAUUAUUAAUCUGGGCCUCCCCGUGGCAGUGGCAGGCCUCUCCAGGCCUCUUCGAGCCUCACGGCCAUUUCCCGACGCACGUGAUGUCACACGUGUGACAUCAUGCACACAGAAUGAGCUCCCCCCAAAAUGUUGGGUGGAAUUUGGAGCCUCUGACCCCCAAAUCCUCCAGUCUGAAGGGACUCUCUCUGUGUGUAUGUUUGGGGAGCUUUAAUCACAAAAUCACAGAGAUGUAGAGUUGUAAGGGACCUCCAGGGGUCAUCCAGUCCAACCCCCUCUGCAAUGCAGGAAUCCCAGCUAAAGCAUCCAGGACAGGUGGCCCUCCAACCUCUGCUUAGAUACCUCCGAGGAAGGAGAGUCCACCACCUCCCAAGGGAGACCGUUCCACUGCUGAACAGCUCUUGCUUUCAGAAAGUUCAGUUGGAAUCCCCUGUCCUGUAACCUGAAUUCGGCAGAAAACAAGCUUGCUCUGUCUUCCACGCGAAAGAUUAUUCGGUGCCCUGGUUUUUUUUGGCCGCCCUGAACCUCUCACGCCAGGCCUUCCUCCUGCGUCAAGGCCACCCUCUUGCACCUGCAAGAGAACUGUGCAUAGAUCCCUUGCCAGAGGAGCAAGAAACCCAGAUCUCCCAGUGGGUAUUUUAAGCUGGCAACUGCCCUCUCUCAAAACACGGUCAACGGUCAGGUGUUCAGCUGGGUCAAAACACAAGGGGGCCUGGCUGAACGAGGAACGGGGCCCAACCCUCACUGUCAUCCAAAUGCACUAUUUUUUAAUUAAUCUUAAAAAAGGACCUCAUCAAUGUAAACAGAAGCUUAUUUCUCAGGGUUAUUUCUGAUGGACUAUUAAUAGGUUUAGCAUCAUUCAUUCAGAACUUGAAGGCGUGCAGACACAGAUCUGUUUAUUUCAUAACUGGACACCAGAAAAGUCCAGGUGCGCAUUUUGGACUCACAGCUGUCCAUGGAGGCACAGGUCAAUUCUGUGUCCAGGGCAGCUCCAUAUGGUACGCAGGAUGAGACCCUCUAUGCCCAUGGACGGUCUCGCCAGAGUGGUGCAUGCUCUGGUUAUCUCCCGCUUGGACUACUGCAAUGCACUCUCCGUGGGGCUACCUUUGAAGGUGACCCGGAAACUGCAAUUAAUCCAGAAUGCGGCAGCUAGACAGGGGAAUGGGAGCGGCCACCGAGACCAUAUAACACCAGUCUUGAAAGACCUACAUUGGCUCCCAGGACGUUUCCGAGCACAAUUCAAAGUGUUGGUGCUGACCUUGAAAGCCCUAAACAGCCUCAGCCCAGUAUACCUAAAGGAGCGUCUCCACCCCCAUCGUUCUGCCCGGACACUGAGGUCCAGCUCCGAGGGCCUUCUGGUGGUUCCCUCCCUGCGAAAAGUGAAGUUACAGGGAAGCAGGCAGAGGGCCUUCUUAGUAGUGGCGCCCGCCCUGUGGAAUGCCCUCCCGCCAGAUGUCAAAGAGAAAAAUAACUACCAAACUUUUAGAAGACAUCUGAAGGCAGCCCUGUUUAGGGAAGUUUUUAAUGUUUGAUUUUUUAUUCUGUUUUUAAUCUGUUGGGAACCACCCAAAGGACUGAUAAAUUGGAAGAAUAGAGAUAUGAUUCCCCUUAAUCUAUGGCUCAACAACGUGGAGAUAUUGGCAACAUGAACGGACUGCUUAUAGAUGCAGACUUUAUUUGGAAAAAUGCAACGAUAACUGGAAGGAGUUUAAGCAGACAUUAGUUUAUUGGCAAUUCAUUAUGUGUAUUAGGAUAAUAAGAAUAUACACACCUGUAUAUUUUUCUUUCUUUUCCUGUCUCACUCUUAACGUUUUUAUAAAUGAAAUUCAUAUAUAUAUUUGUAUGGGUUUGGGACAACUUUGUCAGCGACAUCGCUGUGAACCAGACUAGCUUUUAAAGGCGCAGGAGGAGCAGGCCUAGCUUUGCUUUCUGAUAAGUUGGCAACCCAACGGAGAUGAAGAUGCAAUGUAUAGAUGGUAUAUAACACCGGUUAACUUAGCAGAAAUGUAUAAAGUUAGUAACAAAUGUUGGAAAUGUAAGGAAAAAGAGGGAACAUUUUAUCAAAUGUGGUGGGAAUGUAAAAAGGUGAAAUGCUUCUGGGAGAUGAUAUAUUAUGAGUUGGAAAAAAUGUUGAAAUAUACAUUUAUAAAGAAACCAGAAGCAUUUCUUUUGGGUAUUGUUGGAAAUUAUAUAAAUAGAAAGGAAUGUAAGCUUUUCUCAUAUGCAGUAACAGCAGCAAGAAUACCAUUGGCCCAAAAAUGGAAGCAAGAAGAAUUACCAACGAUGAAAGGAUGGAGGGUGAAAUUAAUGGACUAUGCAGAACUUGACAAACUAACAGGAAGGAUCCGAAACCGGUGAGACCAGAGGUUUACCGAAGACUGGAGUAAAUUUACAGACUAUUUGAAAAGUAUUUGUGAUGAUCAGACGACGUUUGUAGGAUUGCAAGAAGUUCUGUGAGGAGUAUUAUGGGAAAUAUUGUAGAAACGGAAAAGGAGAGACGAUAUGUUAAAAGAUGUAAAGGCAAUAUUAAGUUAAGAAAUGCAUAAGAAGUGAUUAAGACGGAGGAUUAUCAGAGGUGCUGAUGGAAAUCCAGUAAGAUUGUAUCUGUGAUAAAUUGUGUGGUACGUUUUAUAAUUCUGUAUGCUAAAAUUAAUAAAUAUAUAUAUAUAAAAAGAGAUGAAGAUGCAAUGCUGGUCUUGUUCCCACCUGCCGUAGUACUGCCCACCGCUCAUCCUUGCUCUUCUUCACCCCACAGAUAAGCUCUUUGGGAAGAGGCUGCUGCAGGCUGGCCGUUACAUCAUGUCUCACAAAUCAUGGAUGAAAACGGUGCCUACGGAAAACUGCGACGUCCUGAUGACCCUGCCAGGUGCGUUUUGCCAAAUUCAGCAGUUUCAGUUCUUUGGUUCAAAACAGAGGGACAUAGCAGGCUGCCUGCUGCCAAGUCAGAACUCUGCUCCAACUAGCUCAGUUUAGCCUACACGGGCUGGCAGCAGCGGCCGUCCAGGGUUGCAGGCAGAGGAUUGGGUGGCGCUGUGGCCUAAACCCCUGAGCCUCUUGGGCUUGCCAAUCGGAAGGUCGGCGGUUCGAAUCCCCGCGAUGGAGUGAGCUCCUGUUGCUCCGUCCCAGCUCCUGCCAACCUAGCAGUUCGAAAGCACACCAGCGCAAGUAGAUAAAGAGGUACCGCUGUGGCGGGAAGGUAAACGGCAUUUCCAUGCGCUCUGUUUUCUGUCACGGUGUCCCAUUGUGCCAGAAGCGGUUUAGUCCUGCCGGCCACAUAACCUAGAAAUCUGUCUGCGGACAAACGCCGGCUCCCUCGGCCCGAAAGCAAGAUGAGUGCCGCAACCCCAUAGUCGCCUUUGACUGGACUUAGCCAUCCAGGGGUCUUUUCCCUACGGUCCUUCCCCCCCCCCCCCCCAGUGAACCCAGAGAAUAGUAGGGACGGACAGCUAGGGACGAAGCCUCCACAUCCAGGCACCGUCUACCUGCAAAGCCACAAAGGAAAACGGGCAGGUGCAGAAAUUUCCAGAUCAGUUCUGCAUGCUGAAAAAAGCCGACUUUGCCAAGGCCCUGGCGGUUGGUGGCUCCCUUGCCCACCCCACCCCCCAAUUCCAGGCAGGGAAACGAAGAUCGCUGCAUGUUGGUUUCAGGCUCGAUCGUUUGUAAUCAGACACCAGGCUGGGCGAGAGGCCAGACCGUAAUGUUGUAUGGAGGAAAAGGAGAGAGAGAGAGAUAUGAGUUUCUCUUCUUAAGCCUUCCGAUGUGAACCCGCCCCCCCCUUUUGAUCAGUAAGGUCCCCCGAGGGAACCUAGCCAUUGCGUCACUUGCCCGAUUUAUUUAUUUUUAAUUCGUUUCGUUUCGUAACAUACAUAAACAGAGAGAGCGUAACGACACGUGAAAGUGCAAAAAGAGGAAAACUAAACUACGAAGCAGGCACGUGUAAUGCACACCGUGGGAGCUUGUUAUGCAAGAAAAAAACGUCCGCGUUAUCGGAUGAUCAAGUCUGGUUACAGGUUUUCCAGGCUUGGAUUCUUAAAACGGCAGUUCCGUUGUAAAUAAUAAUAAUAAUAAUAAUAAUAAUAAUAAUAAUUUAUUACUUCUACCCCAUCUGGCCCAGCUACUCUGGGCGACUUCCAACAGAAUAUUAAAUAGUAAUAAUAAUAAUAAUAUAUUUAUUUAUACCCAGCCACUCUGGUCAGCGUCCAACAAAACACUAAAAUACAAUAACCUAUUCAAUAUUAAAAGCUUCCCUAAACAGGGCUGCCUUCAGAUGUCUUCUAAAAGUCUGGUAGUUGUUGUUCUCUUUGACAUCUGGUGGGAGAGUGUUCCACAGGGCGGGCGCCACCACCGAGAAGGUCCUCUGCCUGCUUCCCUGUAACUUGGCUUCUCGCAGUAAGGGAACCGCCAGAAGGCCCUCGGAGCUGGACCUCAGUGUCCGGGCAGAACGAUGGAGGUGGAGACGCUCCUUCAGGUAUACUGGACCAAGGCCGUUUAGGGCUUUAAAGGUCAGCACCAACACUUUGAAUUGUGCUCAGAAGCGUUAAACACACAAUAAAGCAUCAAACAUGUGAUAAAGCAAUGGCAAGUCAUAUUAAAAGGGCCUGGAGAUUCCAGUCCUCAUUGAAAUCUCAAACUGCAUGCAAUUUCCCCCCCUUAUAGCUCUGUUCCAGAGGGAACAUUCUCCAAGGGCCCAAUGUAAGAUUUGGGUGUGUUUUCCACUGAGUUGCAAUUAUGAUUCAAGCUGCCUAGAUCACAUAUAAGACCAAUACUUUUCUUCUUCUUCUUCUUAUUAUUAUUAGUAUUAAUUAAUUAAUUAUCAUUAUAUUUGUACGCUGUCCAUCUGUCUGGUUGCUCCAGCCACCUUGGGUGGCUUCCAGCAUAAACAGAAAUAUAAUAAAACAUCACACAUUAAAAACCUCCAGAUACAAAAAAAGUUUAAAGACACUACCAGGACUGGAAUAAGAACUUCCAUGUAAAAUAGUAGAGUUAUGACAAUAAUAUACGCAAUAAAUAUGUGAUGUAUAUACCAGCUGUGGGGAGGGAGGGAAGUCAAGACUCGGCAGAGUCAAAGGGAUUAUAUUGCGAUAAUUGUUGGGAAAAGGAUUAUAUGAAGAAAACAAUAAAAAUUUAUAUGAAGGGGCGAAAAAAUAAAAACCUCCAGAUACAGGACUGCUUUCAGAUGUCAGUGGUGUAGUUCCUUGUGUGUGUGUGUGUGUGUGUGUGUGUGUGUAUUAUUUGAUUUUAAAAACUAUAAACAUACAACAAAAAACAAUUCAAAAUCCAAAUAUUGAGAUUGCUCUGAAUCCCCUGAUUUCCUCCCAUCCCUUCCAUAGGUCCCAAUGAUAAUAUUUACAACUUCAUAUCAAUACUUUUCCAGAUUUUUAUCCUUCUAAAUUAUCCACACUUUCCAUUUCUUUACAAGUGUGGUUAACAUCCUGCUAAUGUUCUAACCCGCUUACCGUGGUCUCAGAGAUAAAUUAUAAACUUUCCCCAUUCUUUUUUUAAAGUUCUUGUCUUCUUGGUUUCUGAGCUCCCCAGCUAAUUUUGCCAUUUCGGCGUAGUCCAUCAACUCGGUUUGCCAUUCUUCUCUGGUGUAGUUCUCUGACAUCUGACGGGAGGGCGUUCCACAUGGCAGGUGCCACCACCGAGAAGGCCCUCUGCCUGGUUCCCUGCGACUUCGCCUCUUGCAGGGAGGGAACUGCCGGAAGGCCCUCGGUGCUGGACCUCAGUUUCUGGGCUGAACGACGGGGAUGUGGCCUCGCUGUAACAUUUGUUUGUAGAAAAGCCUCAAAGCGGUUUACCAAAAAAAAAAAAGGGGGGGGAGAGAUAAAAGCAAUAAAAUAGCGACUAACAAAAUUGCAAGCAUAACGUAAAAACAUGCAAGAAGUUAAAAGCGCAGCAGAAUACACUAAAACAAAUUUCUAAGCACCUGGAGAGGCUUGUCUAAAAAUGAAUUUAUUUGGCAGGUGCCAAAAAAGGUACAGUGAAGGCACUCACCUGAUAUCAAGUGGCAGGGAGUUCCAACGGACACGUUCAAAUAAAAACCAGUCGAAAGAUGCCUAACUGGUUGAUCUGAGCGUUUAAAAUGAACUAACCACUGCACCCUUGGAGUGCCUGAAAUCCGUAUCUGACUACUCAGAGAGCCAGUGUGGUGUAGUGGUUAAGAGCAGUGGACUCGUAAUCUGGUAAACCGGGUUCGAUUCCUCGCUCCUCCACAUGCAGCUGCUGGGUGACCUUGGGCCAGUCACACUUCUCUGAAGUCUCUCAGCCCCACUCACCUCACAGAGUGUUUGUUGUGGGGGAGGAAGGGAAAGGAGAUUGUUAGCCGCUUUGAGACUCCUUCGGCUAGUGAUAAAGUCGGAUAUCAAAUCCAAACUCUUAAUAAUAAUAAUAAUAAUAAUAAUAAUUUAUUAUUUGUACCCCGCCCAUUUGGCUGGGUUUCCGCAGCCACUCUGGGCGGCUUCCACAAAGACCAAAAAUACACUAAUAUGUCAUACAUUAAAAACUUCCCUGAACUUAAGAUGUCUUCUGAAUGUCAGGUAGUUGUUUAUCUCUUUGACAUCUGGUGGGAGGGCAUUCCACAGGGCGGGCGCAACGAUGGGGAUGGAGACGCUCCUUCAGGUAUACUGGACCGAGGCCGUUUAGGGCUUUAAAGGUCAGCACCAACACUUUGAAUUGUGCUCGGAAACGUACUGGGAGCCAAUGUAGGUCUUUCAAGACCGGUGUUAUAUGGUCUCGGCAGCCGCUCCCAGUCCCCAGUCUAGCUGCCGCAUUCUGGAUUAGUUGUCGUUUCCGGGUCACCUUCAAAGGUAGCCCCACGUAGAGCGUAUUGCAGUAGUCCAAGCGGGAGAUAACUAGAGGAUGCACCACUCUGGCGAGACAGUCUGCGGGCAGGGAGGGUCUCAUCCUGCGUACCAGAUGGAGCUGGUAGACAGCCGCCCUGGACACAGAACUGACCUGCGCCUUCAUGGAGAGCUGCGAGUCCAUAAUGACUCCCAGGCUGCACACCUGUUCCUUCGGGGGCACAGUUACCCCGUUCAGGACCAGGGAGUCCUCCACACCUGCCCACCUCCUGUCCCCCAAAAACAGUACUUCUGUCUUGUCAGGAUUCAACCUCAAUCCAUUAGCCGCCAUCCAUCCUCCACCCGCCUCCAGGCACUCACACAGGACCUUUACCGCCUUCACUGGUUCUGAUCUGAAAGAGAGGUAGAGCUGGGUGUCAUCUGCAUACAGUGGUGCCUCGCAAGACGAAAUUAAUCCGUUCCGCGAGUGUCUUCGUCUAGCGGUUUUUUCGUCUUGCGAAGCAACCCUAUUAGCGGCUUAGCGCUAUUAGCGGUUUAGCGGCUAUUAAAGGCUUAUCGGCUUAGCGGAUUAGCUGCUAAAAGGCUAUUAAAGGCUUAGCGGCUUAGAUAAAGGGGGGGGGAAGCGGACCAUCUCAAGACUCGCAAGACAUUUUCGUCUUGCGAAGCAAGCCCAUAGGGAAAUUCGUCCUGCGAAGCAACUCAAAAACGGAAAACCCUUUCGUCUAGCGGGUCUUCCGUCUUGCGAGGCAUUCGUCUUGCGGGGCACCACUGUAUUGAUAACUUCUGUAGUCUCUCUCUUCUUCUUCUUCUUCUUCUCACUCUUCCUUUUCCAAAUGCCUCUCCAGACACGACCGACGACCACACGCUUCUAUGGCUGCUGAACCACAUCCGGCUGGGAAUCCCAGAGCUCAUCAUUCAGAUAAGGCACCACAAGCACACCCGGGUCUAUGCCUUCUUCGUCACAGCGACUUACGAAAGGCAGGUCCCGACUCCGGUGGGCGGCAGGUUUUGGGCAUGCAGGCGUGUGGUGGGCCGGCGGGAAGCGAGGAGGGUCUUUCUUCCUCGCCGGACAACCCUCCUUUCCCUGCCUUUUAAAACCAUGUCAGAAUUAUAAGGAAUUCCAGUCGUACCUCGGAUCCCGAACGCCUUGCGAGUCGAACGUUUCGGUUCCCGAACGCCGCAAACCCGGAAGUGACUGUUCCGGUUUGCGAACGUUCUUUGGAACCCGAACGUCCGACGGGGCUUCCGAUUGGAGCUUCCUGCAGCCAAUCGGAAACCGCGCUUGGUUUCCGGACGUUUUUGAAGUCGAACGGACUUCCGGAAUGGAUUUCUGUUCGACCUCCGAGGUACCACUGCUUGGGGAUCAGAGAAUUCAGGAUUCUGCUUCCAAGUCCAUUGUCUCCACUGGAUAUGGGCUAGAACUUUUCCCACGCUGACCUAAAGAUGCUAUCAGAGAUGGAUGGAGCUUUUUGAAUGGACGGGAAAAGUAUAGGCAGCCUUCCCUUCUCUCUAAAAAAAAAUAGUAUUUUUUAUUCUGUCCUGAGCAAAUCCAUCAUCUGUUGCUUUAAAUCAAGAUCAAAAGUCGAAGCAAGCUCAUUUCGCUCAAGUCUGAUCGGCAGUGCAAUAUAGAAACUUACUUGGCAGGUCUGUGUCUCAAGGUAUAUUAUGUAUAAAUUGGUCAUCGCUGUAGUUUAAUGGUGUAUCUUUGCAUACAGUGGUACCUCCGGUUAAGUACUUAAUUCGUUCCGGAGGUCCGUACUUAACCUGAAACUGUUCUUAACCUGAAGCACGACUUUAGCUAAUGGGGCCUCCUGCUGCUGCCGUGCCGCCAGAGCACGAUUUCUGUUCUCAAACUGAAGCAAAGUUAUUAACCUGAAGCACUAUUUCUGGGUUAGUGGAGUAUGAACAUCAAGCGUAUGUAACCUGAGGUACCACUGUAUUCCUCAAAAGUGUGAAUAGAAUAUCUUUUAUCUCCUUUUUUUGGCUGAAAGGCCGAAGGAUGGUUGCAAACAACAACAAAUAAACUUUGACUGAAGAUCGUUGCCAUAGCUACCAGGGGCGAAACCCUGAAAUUAGAUUAGAGAAUAUUAAGUCGCCAAUGGGCCUCAUCAUCUUCUCUUGGAAACUUCUGGUGGGGAUAAUGCAGAGCAACAACCCUUUGAAGGGGAAAUAAACUUUGACAGAAAAUAAACGUUGCUAUCGUGAAGUUAAGGGUGCAUUUGGCGCAGCUGGGAAAUCAAAAAAGGAGAGAACUAUUGCUUUGUAGACCGAAAGCUGCAAUAGGCGAUAGGUUUGUCUAGUUGCCGCUUUAGCUGCUUGGGCUUCAGAGCACGUGCAGAGUUCCUGCCCCUCUUAGUCUCCAUUCUCCACCCCCGUUCUUCUCGGCAGUUUGCUCCGAGGAGCCGAUGAGAUCGGUUUGCGGAAGCCUGUGAAAGCAGAGUUCGGAGGCGGAAUGCGGAGCUUCUCCUGCGAGGAAGAUUACAUCUACGAGAACAUCGAAAACGAACUUUAUUUUUUCACUUCUCAGGUGGGUGCUGCCCCCAGGACUAGGCUGUGUGGGGUGUGAUACCGUAUUUUUCGCUCCAUAAGACGCACCUAGUUUUUAGAGGAGGAAAACAAGGAAAAAAAUAUUCUGAACGAAACAGUGGAUGUAUGAUUUUUGUGGUUCAUGCUGUGGUCCCAGACAUGUGAUCUGACGGUGAAUUUGGGGUGACCCAAUGCAAAAAUCCUGAGGAUCCAUGUGGAUCCGUGCUUUGUAACCACAUUUUUGCACCACUGCAGCCCCAGGAAACAGUAGAUGCAUGAUUUUUUUGGUGCAAGCUGUAGCCAUGGACAUGCUAUGUGAUCUGUUGGUGAAUUUGGGGUGACCCAAUGUAAAAAUCCUGAGGAUCCAUGGGCUUUUACCUCCCCCUCCCAGGCAGCCUCCGCUAGGUCCCUUAUCUCUCCUCCGAUCCCACUGAUCAGCUGCUUCCUUUCAACACCCCCUUCCCUCUUGUUUGCCUUAGUGUCUUUUCCUUAGCUGGAGCAAUUUUUUUGCUCCUUUUCUUCUGAUUUCUCUCCUUAUUGCUUUAGUCUUCCUGUUUCCCCCCUUUGCAAGUUUGCUGUCUUUACCUACCCCUUCCCAGGCAGCCUCCUUUAUCUCUAGCAUCCCUUAUCUCUCUCCCCGAUCAGCAAACAAUCAGCGGCUUUGUUUCAACAUCCCCUUCCCUCUUUCAAAAAAAAAAAAAAAAGUAUGAUAUGCUUUUUGCCCCUGGGCAAUUCGGCUCCAGGGAGCACGCAUUCGCUCCUUAAGACGCACAGACAUUUCCCCUUACUUUUUAGGAAGAAAAAAGUGCGUCUUAUGGAGUGAAAAAUACGGUACAUAGAUGGCAGUUGAAUGCAACAUUCCUUGUUUUCCUAAAGUGGACAUGCAAGGGGAUGUUUGGUCCAGCCAGUCGGAACUUCCUGGACUGGGACAUCCUCUUGCGUGUGACUAGAGGUGAGUGUGAUCUUACCUGUUCAGGUAACAGAACCACAAGGCACACAGCCCUCCUCCCCUCUUUUUCCAUCUUCCUUUCGUCCUGUGAGCUGCAGUGACUGACAGCCUGUAGUCACUGGGAUUAACCCCCACAAAUUGGGUAGAUCCACGUGUAUAAGACUAGGUUUUCCCCCUAAAAAAUAAUGUCCAAAAUUUGAGGGCGUCUUAUACACGGAUAGAUCUCCCACCAUUUUUUAGAAUUGGAGUCCACAAAAAUAGGGGGUGUCUUAUCCAUGGGGGUGUCUUAUAGACCGAAAAAUACGGUAUAUCUGUAACUAAGUCUGCCUUCAGGGAUCCACCUGUGAACUGAAUGUGUGAGUAAACUUCUUUUGUAUACCUUAUCCCUGACCACUGGUCCUGUUAGCCAGGGAUGAUGGGAGUUGUAGUCCCAAAACAGCUGGAGGGCUGAGUUUGAGGGUGCCUGCUUUAGAGGGUCUGACAAAAAAGCAGAGGCGAUGGAGCAGCCCUGCUCCCCUUCUCUGCUCUGCAGCCUGAUGGAAUGGCUGCCACCUGCUUCGUAAUGUUUCUUAAAAGAGCCGUAGGUGGCAAGACCCAGUUGUGGCUCGAAGGCUGUGGGGCUGGUGCAUAGCUGUCAACCGUCCCUUAUUUGGUGGGAAAGUCCCUUAUCCCAGCGCCGUGUCCCGCUGCUGUCCCUUAUUGAUGAUGUCCCUUAAAUUUCCUGGGUUUCAAAGGAAGCAGCUCCUCUCCCUCCCUCCCUGCCGGCCAGGGAGGAGGAAGGCUCCAACUGUGUUGCUUGGCUGCGUUGCUCACCCAAUAAGGAGUCUAAGAACGACUGGGGGGUGGAGCUUGCAUGCCUUGUGCCAAUCAAGUCAGCCGCCUUGCCUGGGGACUCGCCUUUGCUCAGCGCUUCCCAGCGGAGAGGUGACGGUGGUUUUCCUUGCUGCAUCCCCUUUGCCGGGUUGCUGCGCUGUGGGAACCACCGCUUGAGGCUUCGUUUGGCUGCUGGCUGGGCUUUCUGCCUUUGGCUCAGAGGGGCUCAGAAGUCGAACAUAGCUGUGCUCUGAAAAUCCCUUAUUUUGGUUGCUGAUCCCUUAUUUUCAAGGCUGCUGGUCCCUUAUUUUCAAAUCUGUAAGUUGACAGCUAUGGGCUGGUGACCCCAGGUGGUCCAUUCACCACUUUCCCCUCUCUCCUCUUUCAGGAACGUCAGAGCAUCAUCAGGUAUUGGCUGGAGAACCUGCGGGCCAAACAGGGCGAGGCUCUACACAACAUCCACUUCCUGGAAGGCCAGCCAAUCGGUGAGUGGGGAUUGGGGCCAGAAGGCGGGGCAUGUGGAGUGGCAUCUGUCUGCCUGCCUGAAGAGCUGGACUGAAAUUUGUGCGCUGUCCGAACAACCAAACAGAAUCAUUUGCUGGGUCUCCUGAAUUUCGGAUAGUUUCCAGUUUUGCUUUUGAAAUUUGAAAUUGAGUGGUGACUGUCUGUCUGUCUGAAGAGCUGAACUGAGAUUUGUGCGCUAUUCCAAACAACCAAACAGAAUCCUUUCCUGGGUCUUCUGAAUUUUGGAGAGUUUCCCAUUUUGCUUUUGAAAUUCAGCGGCGUUUCAAAGAGCCACAAAACUCUGGAAUAUUCCGUCAUGUGUGCACCUUUUAAAAAGUAAGGGACGAAUUGAGUAGGAUUCAGCAGGCAGAGUUCCUGGGCCAAAUCCACCCCCCUUUUAUGAAAGGGGAGCCAUUACAAAUUUGUUAACUUCAGCGGGCGGGGGACAGGUUUGAUAUCCCCAAAUUUAGAUGCUUUUAUCCUUUCCUUUGCUGCCCUCUCCAAAUCCUGACCAUCUCCAUAACAGUGAAUACAGUGGUACCUUGGUUCUCGAACGGCUUAGUUGUCAAACAAAUUCACUCCCAAAUACUGCAAACCCAGAAGUAAGUGUUCCGGUUUGCGAAUGUUUUUCAGAAGCCGAACGUCCGACGCUCCUGCAGCCAAUCAGAAGCCACGUCUUGGUUUCCGAACGGUUUCGGGAGUCGAACGGGCUCCCAGAAUGGAUUAAGUUUGAGAAGCAAUGUUCCACUGUAUUAAAAAAAGUUUCAAUCGCACGUAAAUUUCCAAAUGAAACAUAUAUCGUGAUAUUGGCACUAUGUGUUUCGUCUAACUUUAGCUCUCAGAUGUUGCUUUGUGUUACUCUGGGCACCACAAUGAGGAGAGUUAUAUAUUUAUCCGUCUCUACAUUACAUAAAAGGGACGCGGGUGGCACUGUGGGUUAAACCACAGAGCCUAGGGCUUGCCGAUCAGAAGGUCGGCGGUUCGAAUCCCCGUGAUGGGGUGAGCUCCUGUUGCUUGGUCCCUGCUCCUGCCAACCUAGCAGUUCCAAAGCACGUCAAAGUGCAAGUAGAUAAAUAGGUACCACUCCAGCGGGAAGGUAACGGUGUUUCCGUGCGCUGCUCUGGUUUGCCAGAAGCGGCUUAGUCCUGCUGGCCACAUGACCCGGAAGCUGUACGUCGGCUCCCUUGGCCAAUAAAGCGAGAUGAGCGCCACAACCCCAGAGUCGGCCACGACUGGACCUAAUGGUCAGGGGUCCCUUUACCUUCACAUUACAUAAAAUAACCAACCAACAAAUAAAGCUCAGUUUAAAGUCAGUAAACACAAACCGGCGAUGAGCCCAACCGGAAGAAGGAAACAUAACAUGGCCAUUGUUGUCCUUCUGCCACAUCCUUCUAGUUCAUCCGUUUGGCAGAAACUUGCUGGGGGAGGUACCACUUCUGAGGAGGGGGCUAGGCCUGCCCACCCACCCCAAAGCUCAUACCACUCUUGGGGUCCGACAGGGCAAAGUAGGUCUGCUUUAAACUUUUAAAUUGCAAAGGACUAGUGGCGCUGUGGGUUAAACCACAGAGCCUAGGACUUCUCGAUCAGAAGGUUGGCGGUUCGAAUCCCCGUGAUGGGGUGAGCUCCCGUUGCUCGGUCCCUGCUCCUGCCAACCUAGCAGUUCGAAAGCACACCAGUGCAAGUAGAUAAAUAGGUACCGCUCCGGCGGGAAGGUGAACGGUGUUUCCGUGCGCUGUUCUGGUUCGCCAGAAGCGGCUUAGUCAUGCUGGCCACAUGACCCGUACGCUGUACGCUGGCUCCCUCGGGCAGUAAAGCGAGAUGAGCGCCAAAACCCCAGAGUCGGUCACGACUUGACCUAAUGGUCAGGGCUCCCUUUACCUUUACCUAGAGCUUUGGUAGCUGCUGUUGGCGCAUCCAGGGUCGAAGGGGGCUUCUGUUGCACCCCUGCCUCGCUCAACUCCUGCGCCCCCCUUUCUUUUCUCCGCAGUUCCCGAAUUGGCUGCCCGCGGCAUUCUCCAGCAGGUCUUCCCCAUCCACGAGCAACGGAUCCUCAACCGGCUGAUGAAAUCGUGGGUACAAGCCAUUUGCGAACCGCAACCUUUGGGUAUGCAAUUCUGUCCUUCCCUGACUCCCUCCUCUUCCGAGAUCACUUGUGGGGCCUGUAGGUUCCCCUCCCUGCCCCUGAUCUAAGGAGAGACGUUACCCCCCUUUUCUCAGAGGCAUAGGGACACGCGGGGCGCUGUGGUCUAAACCACUGAGCCUCUUGGACUUGCCGAUCAGAAGGUUGGCGGUUUGAAUCCCUGCGACGGGGUGAGCUCUUGUUUCUCUGUCCCAGCUCCUGCCAACCUAGCAGUUCGAAAGCACACCAGGGCAAGUAGAUAAAUAGGUACCGCUCCGGCGGGAAAGUAAACAGCAUUUCCGUGUGCUCUGGUUUCCGUCACGGUGUCCUGUUGCGGCAAAAGCGGUUUAGUCCUGCUGUCCACAUGACCCGGAAAGCUGUCUGCGGACAAACACUGGCUCCCUUGGCCUGAAAGCGAGAUGAGCGCCACAACCCCGUAGUCGCCUUUGACUGGACUUAACCAUCCAGGGGUCCUUUACCUUUUACCUUUUACACCUUUAGGCGCCAGGCAAAAACGUUCUUCUUCAACCAGGCCUUUGGCUGAUUGAUAUUCUACAGCCUUUCAAAUGUACCGUAUUUUUGCUGUAUAAGACUCACUUUUCCCUCCUAAAAAGUAAAGGGAAAUGUGUGUGCGUCUUAUGGAGCGAAUGCAGGCUGCGCAGCUAUCCCAGAAGCCAGAACAGCGAGAGGGAUUGUUGCUUUCACUGCGCAGCGAUCCCUCUUGCUGCUCUGGCUUCUGAGAUUCAGAAUAUUUUUUUCCUUGUUUUCCUCCUCCAAAAACUAGGUGCGUCUGGUGGUCUGGUGCGUCUUAUAGAGCGAAAAAUACGGCAUUUUGUUUUUUGGGGGGGGAGUUCUUUUGUUGUUUUUAACUACUUAUUUGUGUUUUUAUCUUGUGUUUUUAUCCUGAGAUCUUUUGAUGAAGGGUGGUAUAAUAGUAGUAAUAAUAAUAAUAGUAAUAAUAAUACCCAGUGCUUUUUUUCUGGGGGGUACGCAGAGGUACGCGUACCCCUAAACAUUUUGUGAAUCUUUGUACUUUUGUCCAUUUGCUGCAUUUAUUUCCCCCCAUUUGAACUAUAAAAUGGUUAUUUUCUUGAGUCAAAAUGAGAGUACCCCUAAAAGUUUUUUAAAGAAAAAAAAAGCACUGAUAAUAAGAAUAAGAAUAAUAUCUUGAGGGUACAACCUUCUCCAUUCCUGAGCAAAACGCGAGGUGUUGUACUCUUCCUCAUGCAGGAAUAAAUCUUUGAAAUGUGAGACCAGGAUGGGCAGUAUAUAUAUAUAUAUAUAUAUAUAUAUAUAUAUAUAUAUAUAUGUAUGUUUUUUUGCAAAAAUGGGCAGUAUAUUAACAACAACAACAACAAUUGUUAUACCUGAAGGAGCGUCUCCACCUCCAUCGUUCUGCCCGGACACUGAGGUCCAGCGCCGAGGGCCUUCUGGCGGUUCCCUCCCUGCGAGAAGUGAGGUUACAGGGAACCAGGCAGAGGGCCUUCUCGGUGGUGGCACCCGCCCUGUGGAAUGCCCUCCCUUCAGAUGUCAAGGAAAUAAACAACUACCUGACUUUUAGAAGACACCUGAAGGCAGCCCUGUUUAGGGAAGCUUUUAAUGUUUAAUAGGUUAUUGCAUUUUAGUGUUUUGUUGGAAGCCGCCCAGAGUGGCUGGGGAAACCCAGUCAGAUGGGCGGGGUAUAAAUAAUAAAUUAUUGUUAUUAUGUUGUAAUAGGAAUAAUAAUAUCUGGAGGGUGCAGGCUUUCCCAUUCCUCACGCAGAAUUGCAUCUUCUAAAUCUAAGUUUUAAUUUAUAUAUAUUUAAACUGUUGCUAUAUCUGUAUUGUCCCUGUUAUACCUAAUUGCAAAUUCAAAUGUAUCCCUAAUCGUGUUUUAUUACUUCCUUGAUAUUGUAUGUGGGCUGGAACUGGUCUGUGACUGAAAUAAUAAAAUUCAUUCAUCUCCUGAAUAAAAGAACAGGAUGCUGAAUUAACUUUGGUCCAGCCAUGUUCUGAUUUCCUUCCCCCUUGCCACCCCCAGAUGAUAUCUGUGACUAUUUUGGUGUGAAAAUUGCCAUGUAUUUUGCCUGGCUGGGAUUCUACACAUCGGCCAUGGUUUACCCGGCUGUCUUUGGCUCCCUUCUCUACACCUUCACGGAGAACGAUCAGGUGAGGACGGGUUACCUAUAGAACAGGGGAGGGGAAGAGAGAAUAAAAUAUCAAGGGAGUCAGGGCCGGAUUUCGGUUUGAUGCGGCCCUCAGCUACUGAAGGUAAUGGGGCCCUUUAUAUGUCCAGCUGUCCUUUGUCAACAACAAAUUGCCGCUGUGUUUUUGUGUUGAAUGUAUGCUAUAUGGCGGGCCUAGGCAAACUCGGCCCUCCAGAUGUUUUUAGACUACAGUUCCCAUCAUCCCUGACCACUGGUCCUGUUAGCUAGGGAUGAUGGGAUUUGUAGUCCCAAAACAUCUGGAGGGCCAAGUUUGCCUAUGCCUGCUAUAUGGUAAUUUAUGGACCUAAUAGGUAUCUAAAGCCAUUUGCACAUAGCAAAAUAUGUAUUUUAUCAAAGUAAUUGUUGGACUGAAAUACAAUAAAGAAGAAGUAUAUAUGAAUAGUGGAAUACAAUGAAGAAGUAUAUGAAUAGUGGAAUAAUUAUUAAGCUCUAACUUAAAAUGAUUUUUGUAUUCAUAGCAAAUUUAAUGAUAUUGGCGUUUGGCAAUAACAAAAGUUUCUUUAGAAACACGGUUUACAAAGACUCACAGUCGAGUCUCUAGAAUCUUGCUAUAACAUGAAAUAAUAAUAGGUGUAAAUAUGUGAUGCAAACUACUAAUCAUUAGGGACGCGGGUGGCGCUGUGGUCUAAACCACAGAGCCUAGGGUUUGCCGAUCAGAAGGUUGGCGGUUCGAAUCCCCGCAACAGGGUGAGCUCCCGUUGCUCGGUCCCUGCUCCUGCCAACCUAGCAGUUCGAAAGCACGUCAAAGUGCAAGUAGAUAAAUAGGUACCGCUCUGGCGGGAAGGUAAACGGCGUUUCUGUGUGCUGCUCUGGCGAACCAGAGCGGCUUAGUCAUGCUGGCCACAUGACCCAGAAGCUGUACGCCGGCUCCCUCGGCCAGUAAAGCGAGAUGAGCGCCGCAACCCCAGAGUCAGCCACGACUAGACCUAAUGGUCAGGGGUCCCUUUACCCAUUACCUUUAUUCCCCCACCAGACCAGCCGGGACGUCUGCUGUGUGAUCUUCGCCAUCUUCAACGUCAUCUGGGCCACCCUGUUCCUGGAGGAGUGGAAGCGGCGGGGGGCCGAGUUCGCCUACAAGUGGGGCACCCUGGACACGCCGGCGGAGUCCAUCGAGGAACCACGGCCGCAGUUCCGGGUCAGUGGCGGCGCCGGAUCCAGCCCUGGGAACUGGGGCAGGGGAGAGAACGUUGUAGGGAAGCACAGACCAUCCCCUCCCUCCCUUAAGAGAGAGGGUGUGGCCUAAGGAGUCCGCUGAGGGCCAGGUGGAAAGGCUCUGGGGGCCGCAAGCAACCCUCUGCUGCUGAGGUUCCUAAGGAGACCCUCAGGGGCCAGAUAGAAAGGCUCCGGGGGCCACAUCUACCCCCCUGCUCCUGAGGUUCCUAAGGAGACCCUCAAGGGCCAGAUAGAAAGGCUUCAGGGGCCGCAAUCACCCCUCCGCUCCUGAGGUUCCUAAGGAGACCCUCAAGGGCCAGAUAGAAAGGCUUCAGGGGCCGCAAUCUCCCCUCUGCUCCUGAGUCUGCUAAGGGGGCCCUCCAGGGCCAGAUAGAAAGGUCUCGGGGCCACAUUCACUCCUCUUCUCCCGAGGUUCCUAAAGAGACGCUCCAGGGCCAGAUAGAAAGGUUUCGGGGGCCACAUUCACCCCUCUUCUCCCGAGGUUCCUAAAGAGACCCCCCAGGGCCUGAUAGAAAGGCUCCAGGGGCCGCAUCCACCCCCCAGGGGCCUGAGCUCGCCCUGCUGCAAGUGGGCCCACAAUCUUUCCUAGCUCCUCCGGCCAGGCAGCUCUCUGCGGCCGCCGCCUUGUUGACCCCUCUCCCCGCCCGCAGGGGGUGAAGCGCGUGAGCCCCGUGACCAACUCGGAGGAGUUCUACUACCCGCCCUGGAAGCGGCUGCUCUUCCAGUGCCUGGUCAGCCUCCCGGUCUGCCUCUUCUGCCUCUCCUUCGUCUUCCUCGCCAUGUUGGGCUGCUUUGAGCUACAGGUGAGCGGGGAAAGCCGGGCGUUUUCGGAGGGGAGGAAGUUUUUGCAGCAGGGAGAGACAGAUUACGGGAUUGUCACUGUCAUCAUCAUCCUUAUUAAUUCAACCUAUCUGUUGCUUUCUUCUUAUUUUUACAAGAAGUAACUGAAUCCGUUUGAAGGGACGCGGGUGGUGCUGUGGGUUAAAGCACAGAGCCUAGGGCUUGCCGAUCAGAAGGUCGGCGGUUCGAAUCCCCGCAAUGACGGGGUGAGCUCCCGUUGCUCGGUCCCUGCUCCUGCCAACCUAGCAGUUCGAAAGCACGUCAAAGUGCAAGUAGAUCAAUAGGUACCGCUCCGGCGGGAAGGUAAACGGCGUUUCCGUGCGCUGCUCUGGUUCGCCAGAAGCGGCUCAGUCCUGCUGGCCACAUGACCCGGAAGCUGUACGCCAGCUCCCUCGGCCAAUAAAGCGAGAUGAGCGGCGCAACCCCAGAGUCGGCCACGACUGGACCUAAUGGUCAGGGGUCCCUUUACCUUAACUGAAUCAGUUUCGGUUUCUCUGGACAAAUCUCUCAGCUUAUUUAUUCGCCGUACACAGUGGACCCUCCAGGUACGAACUUAACUCAUUCCGGGGGUUCGUAAGUACCCCAGAAAGUUUGUAUCUAGAGGCGCCACUUCUGCGCACAGUAUUGGUUUUGAUUGGCAUUUCUGAGCAGCGAGUUUUUUCGGGGGGGGACCCCUCCUCGUUGCCCUCCCUGCGCGGACCCCCCCUUUCUCUCUUCCCUCGCCAGGAAUUUGUGCUGAGCAUUAAGGAGCUGCCGCGCAUCGUGCGUUUCCUGCCAAAAAUUGUGCUGGCCGUCAUCGUCACCGCCUGCGACGAAGUCUACAAGAAGAUCGCCUACUGGCUGAACGACAUGGGUGAAUUCUUUGCGGGAUCUGCCUUCCUUCCUUCCUUCCUUCCUUCCUUCCUUCCUUCCCUCCCUCCCUCCCUCCCUCCUUUCUUUCUUUCUUUCUUUUCUUUCUUUCUUUCUCUUCCUUCCUUCCUUCCUUCCUUCCUUCCUUCCUUUUUUCUUCCCUCCCUCCCUUCCUCCUUCCCUCCCUCCCUCCUUUCUUUUCUCCUUCCUUCCUUCCUUCCUUCCUUCCUUCCUCUUCCUUCCUUCCUUCCUUCCUUCCUUCCUUCCCUCCCUUGCUCCUCCCUCCCUCCCAUCUUUCUUCCUUCCUUCCUUCCUUCCUUCCUUCCCUCCUCCCUCCCUCCCUCCCAUCUUUCUUUCCUUCUUUCUUUCUUUCUUUCUUUCUUUCUUUCUUUCUUUCUUUCUUUCUUUCUUCCCUCCCUCCUUUCCCUCCUUUCUUCCUUCCUUCCUUCCUUCCUUCCUUCCUUCCUUCCUUCCUUCCUUCCUCCUUUUUCCUUCCUUUUUCCUUCUUCCUCCCUCCCUCCCUCCCUCCCUUUCUUUCCACCCCUUCCUUCCUUCUUUGAGAUAGACAUCCUAAACAUGAAAUUUCCCUCUCCUUGCAGAAAAUUACCGUUUGCAGAGUGCCUACGAAAAACACCUCAUCAUCAAAAUGGUCUUGGUGAGUUUGGGUUCCCCGGCUGCAACGGUUGGGCUGCCAUGUGUCUGUGGGAACGGUGGAGGGAGCCACUGAUUUGCAUGCAGAACGUACCAGGUUCAGUCCCCGGAGACCCACUGGGAACCUGGAGGGCUGCUGCUGCCAGCCAGUGUUGACAGUACUGGCCUCGGUGGACCCGAUGGUCCAAAUCCGGUGCGUCAAACUAGUGGGUUUGACGGUUUGUUGAGACAGGAACAGGAGCCUUCGAUAACCUGCCUGAAACCGGCUGCCUUCCCCACGGAGUGUGUGUGUGCAGAUAGAAGUGGGCAGUGUCGUCCUACUUCACCUGUUGGACAGCAGCCUGGGGAGCCCCAACAGCCUAGUGGGCUUGACAGUUUGUCGAGACAGCAAAAGGCGCCUUUGCUAACCGGCUGUAACCUGGCUGGCUUCCUCGCAGGUGGGGGGGCAGCUAGAAAUGGGCUGCGUUGUCCUACUUCACCUGUUGGACAGCAGGCUGGGGGAGAGAGAGAGCAAGGGAGAAAGGAGGAGGCAACAGUAAAUUUCCGAGCACAAGUGCUGGUGCUGACCUUGAAAGCCUUAAACGGCCUCGGCCCAGUAUCCCUGAAGGAGCGUCUCCAUCCCCAUCAUCCAGCCCGGACACCGGGGUCCAUCUCCCGAGGGCCUUCUGGCGGUUCCCUCCCUGCAAGAAGCGAGGUUACAGGGAACCAGGUAGAGGGCCUUGUCGGUGGUGGCACCCGCCCUGUGGAACGCCCUCCUGCCAGAUGUCAAGGAAAUAAACAACUAUCUGACUUUUAGAAGACAUCUGAAGGCCGCCCUGUUUAGGGCAUAACAGGAGUGUCUCUCAGAGACUCCUCUCUAGCAAGUUUACAGGAAAUGUGUCUAUCUAGGAAAAACAUGAAUGGUUGUUUUUGACUGCCUUUUAAAUAUCCCACACUUAUUCGGCUCAAUUGACUAGUAAACUCAGAGGAAACUCAAAGCAAAAAUUUGCGGAAAAGUGGAGUGGUUAUAGAAGAUAUGUUCAAAAAUACAAUAAUAGUUUUGACUCCAUAUUAGCAUUCGAGUGAUAAAGGAACUAAAAGGAGGUGGAUAACAAUUAAGGAUUUAUUAUGUUUUGAGAAUGUAUUAUAAAAAUUAUAUAGAAAGGUUUAUUGUUUUGUGUACAUUCAAAUGUAAGAUAAAAUAUAUGCAAAGGGGCUUGACAGGAAGUCAAAGUUGAAGAAAAGAUUUUGGAAGAUAAAAAGGAAAAAAUAUUUACUUUCAUUAUUAUCAUUUUGUGUGGGUGUCUGCACAUAUGUGUGUUGUUGUAUGCAAUGUUUGGGAGGAAAUAAGACGGUAAAUAACAAAUAACAAACUAAAUAUUGAUGUAUGUAAUUUUUAUUUCUUAAUUAUAUUUAGUGGUAGUAUGGCUGUAUUGUUUUUUUGUAACAUAAAACCAUUCAAUAAAAAUUAUUUUUAAAAAAUAAAAUAAAUAUCCCACACUUAAUGUAGCCUUCCCAAGUUAGGUUAACCGGGACAGGCCCCAGGAGUUGGGGAGCGAAGCGCAGUAAAUAUAUAUAUAUAACAUCUCCCUCUCUCUUUUUCUCUAGUUUCAGUUUGUAAAUUCAUACCUAAGUCUUUUCUACAUCGGAUUCUACCUCAAAGACAUGGACCGCCUCAAGGAGGUAAGGGAUUCACGGGGUAUAAAUAAUAAAAUUAUUAUUAUUAUUAUUAUUAUCAUUAUCAUUAUUAGGUCACAGUGCCUGAAGCUGUGAGAACUGGGGCUGAGGGUAGGAACCCUCCCUUUCAGUUUCUCUGGUUUUCCUCACUUCCCUCCUCCUGGAUUCCAUCUUCCACCUUCCCAUUUCAGUCUGUGAAUCAAGUACCGCAUUUUUCACUCUGUAAGACGCACCAGACCACAAGACGCACCUAGUUUUUGGAGGAGGAAAACAAGAAAAAAAAAAAAAUAUUCUGAAUCUCAGAAGCCAGAACAGCAAGAGGGAUUGCUGCGCAGUGAAAGCAGCAAUCUCUCUUGCUGUUCUGGCUUCUGGGAUAGCUGCGCAGCCUCCAUAAGACGCACACACAUUUCCCCUUACUUUUAGGAGGGAAAAGUCAGUCUUAUAGAGCAAAAAUACGGUAUUUUUAAAAGUCAUCACGAAAGCUAACCCUAAUACUUGCAUUCCCAUAUUCUGCGAUUUGUCCCAAGCACCCGCAAGCCCGUUUGCCUAACAGAGCAGAUUUGUGUGUGUGAUUUGGACCAAUAUAUGCAUUUUUAAUGAACACUCCCCCCUGAUUCCACACCCCCGUUGGAGAACCAAAUUGCAAAAUUCAGAAAAGUGACAAUUUUGAACAAUCGCGGCAUUUCGGUCCCCGCCUUGCUUCUAGAAGAGGGAACCCGGGUGGGUUGUGCAAACGGAAUCAAAUUUCUUCCCAUCCCCUUAAGGUAAAGGUAAAGGGACCCCUGACCAUUAGGUCCAGUUGUGGCCGACUCUGGGGUUGUGGCGCUCAUCUCGCUUUAUUGGCCGAGGGAGCCGGCGUACAGCUUCCGGGUCAUGUGGCCAGCAGGACUAAGCCCCUUCUAGCGAACCAGAGCAGCGCACGGAAAUGCUGUUUACCUUCCCGCCGGAGCGGUACCUAUUUAUCUACUUGCACUUUGACGUGCUUUCGAACUGCUAGGUUGGCAGGAGCAGGGACCGAGCAACAGGAGCUCACCCUGUACCGGGGAUUCGAACCACCGACCUUCUUAUCGGCAAGCCCUAGGCUCUGUGGUUUAACCCACAGCGCCACCCACAUCCCCUUAGCAUCCGCCAAUUCCUGCUUUAAUCGCUGUUCCUCCGCCGUGAGCUGUAAUAAGAGCGUUCCUGCUUUCCCUCGCUCCCCGGCGGAUGCCAGCUUCGCAGAGCCAACGAUGACACCAGAAACCCACUUUGGGGGGUCCAGGAAAAUGCAUAGAGGGGGAUGCUAUCAAUGGGCUCCUAGCCACAGUAGAGAUGUCCUCCAGUCACUGCUGGAGACAGUAAAUGCCUCCGUUUCCCCGACAUCAGUUGCUUGGGAAACCAAAAGGGGGGGAAAUUGCUGCCGUUGUUCUCAGGCCCUGCUCGGGGGGGGGGGCUUCCCUUUGGGGGGAAGCAUUUAGGUGACUUUGAGGAUAAGAGUCUGGCCUUAGAUGGCUCCCCUUUGGCCUGAUCCGGCUGUAGAACAUGCCUUGGUUUCUUAUGGGUUUCUCAUUUCUUCUGCUAUCCGGAUAGCAGAAGGCACUUUCUAUCUUCUCAUUUCUAAUGGGUUUCUCAUUUCUUCUGCUAUCCGGAUAGCAGAAGGCACUUGCGUGGUCAGUCCACAGCAAGUCCAAAGAAAUGAGAAAUUUCAUGCAGUAUAUAUAUCCUCCAGGCACCCUCUCCCCCUUCCCCAGGAAUCCAGCCACAUCAGCUUGUACACGCGGGUUGACAUCACAGAUGUUCCUGCUUUGGUACUCUUAACCAUAAAAGUGUGUUCCUCUUCCUGUACUCUUGACCAUAUAAGGGUAUUCCUGUUCCGGCACUCUUAUCUUGGGGUAAGAAGGUCACCAACUCUCCUGGCGCUGUUCCCGGACUAGGUCUGUGCGUCAGAGUGUGGUCGGAUGUAAGAUAAGACCCAGACGUGCAAUCCCUGCUCCACUGGAACAGCCAAGGCCACUCAUUGCCGUCACGGACUGAUAAGGGAGAGGGCUUUAAGCACUUGUUUAUACAGCUUGGUUUUCUGUUUAUACAUCAAUUCAAGCUCAAGCUUCCAGUCUUGAAAAGCUCAAGUUAAUGCAUUUUAGAAAUGCUCCCUUGGAGGAGGAAAAUGGGGAUUUGGGGUCAGUUUCAAACUGACUGCACAGAAACCCAUUCCUUCAUUUUCGGUUCCUAAAUGGAGCCUCCAUGGGCAGGGGCAGUCUACCUCUGCCUGGCGCAAUCCUCCCUCUGGUACGUGAACCCGAUGGGCGUCCAUCAGCGUCUUAAAGAACCCAGCCGACGCAUCCAACAUGGGUCGCCCGCCACUUCGAACCCUUCGUCUUCUCGUUCCGUUGCAUCGUUUUUUUGGUUCGGUUUUGAUUUUGCAUUUUCUCUCUCUCUGUGUGUGUCUCUCUCCCUCUGUCCGUCUGUCGGCCCUCCGCCUUCCUCAGCUCCUGCUCAUCUUUUCCCUCUUCCAAAGCCUCGUGCGUCAGCUCAGAGACGCCCUCCUUCCCACCGUCAUUCUCCAAUUUCACCUCUGCCUCAUCUCCUUUAAGGGCCUGUUGAGCUUCUGUUGGCAGCUGGCUGUCUCCAAAGUAGGAGCGCUGGGCUGGGGUCUUGGGGGGAGCGGAAAAGGCAGAGGGAUGGAGUGGGGAGCCUGGGAGAAAGACCUGAUUUUUAAUCUCAUAUUGGUUGGCCUGUGCUGUUACGGGAACGUGCCCAGGGCCCAGGGGUCAAGGGUCUUGCCGUUCGAGACCCCGACAACGUCUCGCACGAGGGAGACAUGGGCACCCGUUCCCCUAUCUAGGAGGCAGCUUACAGCUCGCUCCCAAAGGCGGCAGCAAUGCUCCCAAACCUGGACGGUGUGGAGGGAGUAAAGGUAAAGGGACCCCGGGCCAUUAGGUCCAGUCGUGGCCAACUCUGGGGUUGCGGCGCUCAUCUCGCUUUAUUGGCCGAGGGAGCCGGCGUACAGCUUCCGGGUCAUGUGGCCAGCAGGACUGAGCCGCUUCUGGUGAACCAGAGCAGCGCACGGAAACGCCGUUUACCUUCCUGCCGGAGCGGUACCUAUUUAUCUACUUGACUUGUACUUUGACGUGCUUUCGAACUGCUAGGUUGGCAGGAACAGGGACAGAGCAAUGGGAGCUCACCCCGUCGCAGGGAUUCGAACCGCUGACCUUCUGAUCAGCAAGUCCUAGGCUCUGUGGUUUAACCCACAGCGCCACCCUCAUCCCUUCUUGGAGGGAGUCAAUAUCUCCAAAUAGUCGCAAGGUAUCACGAGCGAGGAGAGAGAGGAUGUUUGUGCGUUCCCUUCUUGAUUUUAGGGUUCCCAUUGGGAGGAUGGGGUUGGUUCAUUUGGUUGGAUUUAGGUAGGCCCAACUCAGCUGCCUAGGGGCUCUGCUUACGGUUCCUAAAUAGAGCCCUCAUGGACAUAGCCAGUCUACCUUAGAACAGGAGUGGGAGAAGGCUGUAGCGCUCAUAUCCUGGUUCACCAGGAGGCUGGACUUAUUGGGCCCCCCUCUGGCCCAGCUCAGCUGCCUCGUGGCUCUUCUCAUUAUUCCUAAAUAGAGCCUCCAUGGACAUGGCCAGUCUUCCUUAGAACAAAAGGGGGAGAAGGCUGUAGCUUUCUAGGGACUUCCCUUUGGGGGAUCUGCUUGGCCGCUGAUGAAGACAGGAGUCUAGGCUUGGUGGGCCUCCUUGGGCUUGGCCCAGCUCCCGCUACAGGGAUCCUCUUAAGUUAGAAUCAUAGCGUUGGAAAGGACCCCCUGGGGGUCGUCAAAUCCACACACCCCUGCAGUGCAAGAAUCUCAGCUCAAGCAUCCGGGUCAGGUGGCCACCCAAGGAAAGACGUUCUUGAGGUUGUCCUUUCCCUGACCAGCCUCUUCUCACGUCCCUCCCAACAGAUGCUGGCGACUCUCCUCAUCACCCGCCAGUUCCUGCAGAACGUGAAGGAGGUCUCUCAGCCGCACCUCUACAGCAAAUUCAAGCGCGGGGAUCUGAGCGCGCAGAACCUCCGAGAGGUGGCCCAGACUAUUCUUCGCCUGCUGGCCCAGAAGUGUGCCCCGGCCAGGCCCCGCGGAGCCCACCACCGGGGCCCCCGGCACGGCGGGGACCCCCCAGCCGGCCACGGCCCGGAGGCGGCCGAAGGUCCGGAGGGGGCUCCCCGCGGGGAGAAGAAAUGCCUCAACGGUGGCUGCGGCGUCCCUGAGGAAGAGGACGAGGAGAGGAAGGACUCCGACUCGGAAGACGAGAGCAUCAUCGACUGCGGGCUGAAACUGAAGAAGGUGAGCUUCAUCGAGAAGGCCGACCGCAAGGCCGGCGACCCGGGUCUGGAGGAAGGGGCCAGCUUCCUGGAGGAAGGCAGCCCCACCAUGGUGGAGAAAGGCAUGGAUCCGGCCUCCGUCUUCGAGCUGUGCGAGGACGACGACGAGAGCGACGGGGCCUCCGGGAGCCCCCUGCGGGGAGUGCCGGAAGCCAAAGAGCCGGCCGUGACCAUGAGGGCCCGGAGGCCACGGGGCGCCAGGAACCCCUUGGAAGAGGGCGAGGAAGGCGAGGAGGGAGAGGAAGGGCGGAAGUCCAGCAGGAGCUCCUGGAUCGACCCACCAGAGGAGGUCUUCGCCGCCCAGCUGGCCCAGGCCGAGGUGGAGAGCUGCAUGAAGAAAUACGAGGUGAGCAAGCCGGCAUUCGGGGCAGCACAGAGGAGGAAGAGGAAAGGAAGGCACAUCGGGGUGAAGCACGGGGGGAUGGACAGGGCAUAACUGUCAAGUGUCCCUUAUUUGGUGGGAAACUCCCUUAUGCCAGCGCCGUGACCCGUUGCUGUCCCUUAUUGAUGAUGUCCCUUAAAUUUCCCGGGUUUCAAAGGAAGCAGCUCCUCUCCCUCCCUCCCUGCCGGCCAGGGAAGAGGGAGGCUCCAACUGUGUUGCUUGGCUGCCCGGCCCGCCCCCCUCCGGCCUCCUCUCACCAGCCUCGGCCCCCAGGAGCCCCUCCCUGCCGGGACUGAGGAGCCUUGAGAGGAGAGCGAGGGCAACCAUAGAGAAAGCAGUUCAGAGAGAGGAGGGAGGCGGAGGCACGGGCAGGUGUUCCAAGGGCUAACCAUAGAGGGGGAAAGCGGAGGAAGGACCGCAAGCGCUUCUCCCAUAGAUUUGUAGUGGUAGACUAGCAUAGAUGGUCUGAUCUGCGGGUUUACUUCGGGCGCUAUUUCCCCCCCCUUCCUCCCGCCCCGCCUGAUGGAACUGAGAGCUGCAGAUGGAGCACGAGAGAAAAGAUACAGAACUGCAGCAGCAUCUUCAUAGCUCGGACUUCAUUUUGCGCAAAAAGUGGUUGCUGCUUGUAGUUAUUUAAUUGCAGCGUUUCAUCAGCUGGUGUCUUGAGCAGCAACCUCUGGAAACGAAGGGCUAAAAACCGGCGCUGCUCUCCAAAAUUAUCUGGUCCCUUUUAACUUUGUAUUUCAGCUGGUUGACUAAAAGCCCUUAUUUUGGCUGCUGAUCCCUAUUUGAGGCUGGUCCCUUAUUUUCAAAUCUGUAAGUUGACACGUAUAGGACAGGGAAGUGGCUGGGGACCUCAGGAAUGAACGAGAGAUAAUAACCUGGUAGCCUCAGAGGCAAAAACAGUGGUCAGCAAACUUUUUCAGCAGGGGGCAGUCUGCGCACGCGCGGGUUGCGAUUCGGUGCUUAUGCGCAAAGCGCGAUUUAGCGCUUCUGCGCAUGCGCAACCGCAGAAACCCGGAAGUAACCCAUUCCGGUACUUCCGGGUUUCGGUGGUCCAUGACCCAAAAAAACGCACCCUGAAGUGUCUGUAACCCGAGGUAUGACUGUAUUAUAAUAUAUCCAGCUGCGUCCUCCUUGCACGAGGCCGGUUGAAACGAAGGAGUCAUCAUCAAUGUACCGUAUUUUUCGCUCUAUAGGACACACUUUUCCCUCUCCAAAAAUUAAGGGGAAAUGUGUGUGCAUCCUUUGGAGCGAAUGCAGGCUCCUUGGCUUCAGCGAUAGCAAUGCGAAGCCUCCGAAGCGCAGAGGGAGCGCUCCCUCCGUGCUCCAGAGGCUAUGCGUUACUUUCGCUGAAGCCUGGAGAGCAAGAGGGGUCAGUGCGCACCGACCCCCCUCGCUCUCCAGGCUUCAGGGAUAGCCGCCUGAAGCCUUUGGAGUGCAGUGGGACCUCGUGCUGCGCUCCAAAGUCUUCGGGUUCCUUUAGCUGAAGCCGGGAGAGCAAGACUCUCCCGGCUUCAGCAGAGAGGGAGAGCUGCGCAGCACCCCUUCCGCUAAGCGGGAGGAGAAACGGAAGGGGCUCCAUUUCUCCUGCCGCUUCGCUGAAGGGGCGCUGAGCAGAGAGGGGGAGAAUUUUUUCCCCUUGUUCUCCCCCUCUAAAACAAGGUGGUUCCUAUGGUCCGGUGCGUCCUAUAGAGCGACAAAUACGGUAAUAACAUUAUUGUUAUUCUCUCUUGCACACCAAUCCCCUCCCUGUCUCUCUCUCUCUCUCUCUCUCUCAUACAACCCCCCCCUAUUUCUCUUUCUCUCCCCCCCCCCCCGAUCCAGGACACUUUCCAAGACUACCAGGAGAUGUUCAUCCAGUUUGGCUACGUGGUCCUCUUCUCGUCCGCCUUCCCUCUGGCUGCCACAUGUGCCCUGAUCAACAACAUCAUUGAGAUACGGAGCGAUGCCUUCAAACUCUGCACGGGCCUCCAACGUCCCUUUGGCCAGCGGGUGGAAAGCAUCGGGGAGUGGCAGGUAAGGUAAAGGUAAAGGGACCCCUGACCGUUAGGUCCAGUCAUAGCCGACUCUGAGGUUGCGGCGCUCAUCUCGCUUUAUUGGCUGAGGGAGCCGGCGUACAGCUUCCGGGUCAUGUGGCCAGCAUGACUAAGCCGCUUCUGGCGAACCAGAGCAGCACACAGAAACGCCAUUUACCUUCCCGCCAGAGUGGUACCUAUUUAUCUACUUGCACUUGACAUGCUUUCGAACUGCUAGGUUGGCAGGAGCAGGGACCAAGCAACGGGAGCUCACCCCGUCAUUGCGGGGAUUCGAACCGCCGACCUUCUGAUCGGCAAGUCCUAGGCUCUGUGGUUUAACCCACAGCGCCAGAUGGCCUCUAUACCUGGAGGCUCCAUUUAACUGUCAUAGCCAUCCAUUAGGGCCUCACCUCACUCCCUGUGACUUCGCAUUCACCUGCCGAACCCAAGGCUGUGUCCUGAGGCAGCAGUUUCUGUAAAUUUAUUCUUCUUCCAUGAAGCAAGUUGUUCGUUCCGUCUGUCCCAAAUCUCCAGGCAAGUCCGUUACAAUGGAUGACCCUGACUUCCAGUAUUAUUGGUGAUCUCUCCCUCCCUCCCUCCCUCCCUCUCUCUCUCUCUCUGUCCCCUUCUUCCACACCGGCCAAUGUUUUAUAAAACCAUUUUUCUAAAAAAGGUGAAUUGCUUAGAAUUCAUGCUUUAACUUCCUUCCGAUACUGUUCAUGGGCCUCGGCCCCAUCGUCCAGCCCGGACACAGAGGUCCAGCUCUGAGCGCCUUCUGGCGGUUCCCUCCCUGAGAGAAGUGAGGUUACAAGGAACCAGGCAGAGGGCCUUCUCGGUGGUGGCACCCACCCAGUGGAACGCCCUCCCACCAGAUGUCAAGGAAAUAAACAGCUACCUGACUUUUAGAAGACAUCUGAAGGCAGCCCUGUUUAGGGAAGUUUUUAAUGUCAUAUGUUUUAUCGUGUUUUUAAUAUCCUGUUGGGAGCCGCCCAGAGUGGCUGGGGAGGCCCAGCCAGAUGGGCGGGGUAUAAAUUAAAAUAAUAACAAUAAAAAUCCCCACAAACGAAACAGUCCCUGACUUCAGGUUUAUAACUCUUACGAAGCCACGACACAAAAGGAAGACGGGUUGGUUGGGAGGAGGAAAUAAGCAAUCUCAGCAGCAAGUUCUUAGCUACGUAGCUGUUCUGGUAACCAGCAGGGGUUCUGCCAAAAAUUGCUAGUCUCUUUUAGAAAAAAUGUCCUUCUUUUCCCUUCUGCAGAAGGUGAUGGAAGCCAUGGGUGUCCUAGCCAUCGUGGUGAACUGCUACUUGAUCGGUCAGUGUGGGCAACUUCAACGCCUCUUCCCCUGGCUCAGCCCAGAGGGGGCCAUUAUAUCCGUGGUGGUGCUGGAGGUAACACCCUUUUCUGCCGUACACACACAUACCCAACUCGGUUCUCCCCCUUCGGACCGCGAUCCCAAGCUGAAAUACCCCAGUUCCAUAACUGGGAAGUCCCAGGUCCGCCCACUAAGAUCUGCCUUUCUGCUUGGGCUCCAUUUGAGCUAGAACACCAAAGUCGUGGUUUGGUGCUAACCAUGGUUUGCUGAGCAAAUCACAGGUCGAGCAAAGAAACCAACGGUUUGCUCCUUGUGUGGCUCUUGCCUUUGCACCCCAGCUCAGCGAACAUCAUGGGUCGGGUUGUCGAACAAACGACCAUUCAGCAAGGCCACCGGGUUCUGACAUGGCAGCAAACCAUAGCUGUCAACCGUCCCUUAUUUGGCGGGAAAGUCCCUUAUCCCAGCGCUGUGUCCCGCUGCUGUCCCUUAUUGAUGAUGUCCCUUAAAUUUCCCGGGUUUCAAAGGAAGCAGCUCCUCUCCCUCCCUCCCUGCCGGCCAGGGAGGAGGGAGGCUCCAAUGUGUUGCUUGGCUGCGUUGCUCACCCAAUAAGGAGUCUAAGAACGACUGGGGGGUGGAGCUUGCAUGCCUUGUGCUGAUCAAAUCGCCUUUGCUCAGCGCUUCCCAGCGGAGAGGUGAUGGUGGUUUUCCUUGCUGCAUCCCCUUUGCUGGGUUGCUGCGCUGUGGGAACCACCGCUUGAGGCUUCGUUUGGCUGCUGGCUGGGCUUUCUGCCUUUGGCUCGGAGGGGCUCAGAAGUUGAACAUACCUGUGCCCUGAAAAUCCCUUAUUUUGGCUGCUGAUCCCUUAUUUUCGAGGCUGCUGCCCCCUUAUUUUCAAAUCUGUAAGUUGACAGCUAUGCAGCAAACCAUGGUUCUAAAAAGCCAUGAUUCGCAAGACUCCGGCAAACCAUGGUUUCGCAUGGGGAGGUGUUGGAAAGCAAGACAAUAGCAGCAAUGGCAAUGUCUUAUGCCCAGGGAGCUGUAGACCUCAGCCCUUCUCACCCCACUGUUUUCUCCCCAUAGCAUUUUGCCCUCCUGCUCAAGUACGUCAUCCAAGUGGCUAUCCCAGACAUCCCCGGCUGGGUGGCAGAGGAAAUGGCAAAACUGGAGUACCAGCGGCGAGAGGCUUUUAAGGUGAGUCUGGCCCAGUCACACGCGGUUACUCAGGAACAAGCUCUGUUGACCCCGGGGAUGGCUUUGAACGUGCUGCAAGGGUAAACUCAGAAUCCUGACAAACAGAAGUACUGUUUUUGGGGGCAGGGGUGGGGGGGCGUGGAGGACUCCCUGGUCCUGAAUGGGGCAACUGUGCCCCUAAAGGACCAGGUGUGCAGCCUGGGGCUCAUUUUGGACUCAGCGCCGUCCAUGGAGGUGCAGGUCAAUUCUGUGUCCAGGGCGCCUGUCUACCAGCUCCAUCUGGUACGCAGGAUGAGACCCUCCCUGCCCGCAGACUGUCUGGCCAGAGUGGCGCAUGCUCUGCAUUUAGGUUAAACACCUCCCCUCCGAAAAAGAGAAACAACAACAACAAUAAUAAUAAUAAUAAUAAUAUUUUACUAUUUAUACCCCACCCAUCUGGCUGGGUUUCCCCAGCCACUCUGAUGGCUCCCAACAGAAUAUUAAAAACACAAGAAAACAUCAAACCCUAAAAACUUCCCUAAACAGGGCUGCCUUCAGAUGUCUUCUAAAAGUCAGAUAGUUGUUUAUUCCCUUGACAUCUGAUGGGAGGGCGUUCCUCUAAUUGAUGCUGUUAAUUUUGCCAUCGCCGCAAAUUCAAGAAAUUUGGUUCUGCAUUCUAAUCAUUCUAGUAUCUCACGCGGUUAGAGGGAACUGCUGGGUUGUGGGGGGAGGGAUUGGAAGUGAUUAAUUGAAAUUGUUAAAGACUGGUUUAGUAUUUAAGAGAUUUAAAUUUCUAUAAAGAUUCUAUAAGUAAAGCAGAAAGCGGCAAGAAAUAUUAAGUAAAGGUAUCAGAGAGGAGACCAGUGUAAAUGAAAACAUGAGCCUUACGGUUUUGUUACAUAUGAUUUUAUUUUGGAGUUGUCUGCUUAUUUUGUAGUUGUUUGUUGUAAAGAAUGUAUAUUAGGUAAAGGUAAAGGGACCCCUGACCAUUAGGUCCUGUCGUGACCAACUCUGGGGUUGCGGCGCUCAUUUCGCUUUACUGGCCGAGGGAGCCGGCGUACAGCUUCCGGGUCAUGUGGCCAGCCGGACUAAGCCGCUUCUGGCAAACCAGAGCAGCGCACGGAAACACCGUUUACCUUCCCACCGGAGCAGUACCUAUUUAUCUGCUUGCACUUUGACGUGGUUUCAAACUGCUAGGUUGGCAGGUGCAGGGACCGAGCAAUGGGAGCUCACCCCAUCGCGGGGAUUCGAACCGCCGACCUUCUGAUCGGCAAGUCCUAGGCUCUGUGGUCUAACACACAGCGCCACCCGCGUCCCUCAAAUAGGAGAUCAUUCAUCUCUAAUUCAAGAGCCCGCAAGAGUUUAUGAUGAGGACUAGCGACAUGCCUGGUUUUGCACACACCUUCCCGCUGGAGCGGUACCUAUUUAUCUACUUGCGCUUUGACAUGCUUUCGAACUGCUAGGUUGGCAGGAGCAGGGACCGAGCAACGGGAGCUCACCCCGUCAUCGCGGGGCUUCGAACCGCCGACCUUCUGAUCGGCAAGCCCUAGGCUCUGUGGUUUAACCCACAGCGCCACCCGCUUCCCUGAAUGUAUAUUAUGUGAAUUAAAAACAUGAAACAUGACCCUGUGGUCUUCCUUCCUCAGAAACACGAGCGCCAGGCGCAGCACCACUUCCAACAGCAACAGCGCCGCAAGCGAGAGGAGGAGGAACGCCAGCGCCACGCCGAAUAUCACGCCCGCAAGGAACGGGAGAGCGGGGCGGGAGGAGGGCAAGUCGGACGGAGGGGGCCCCGAGACCGGCCACGAGAAGAGCCAGCCCAAAGGGAAGGGACCGGGGGGCUCGGGCCACGGCUCAGAGAAGCCCAAAAGGCCCAGCUCCCUGCUGGCCACCAACAACGUCAUGAAACUGAAGCAAAUCAUCCCGUUGCAGGGGAAGUUCCUAUCUGGGGGGGCGGGGGGCGGCGGCGGCACGUCGGGGGCGCGCUCCCCGCAGUCCCCCACCGGCACCGACAACAAACUGCCCGGCUUCCUCAGCUUCAAGUUCCUCAAAUCCCCGGAGACCAAGCGGGAGGCCACCACCGAGAAGGUCCAGUCGCCCACGAAGCCUUUCAACCCAAGCAAACUGUUCAACUUCAGCAAGUCGGAAGGGGGGAACGGCGCAGCCCCUCUUCCGCAACAGCAGCCACGGCCCGGGACUUCGGCGGACGAGAAACCCGCUGCUCAGAGAUCGCACCUCAACGGGCUGGUGGACGAUGAGGCCGAGGAGGAACCGGAGAUCCGAACGGCGGCGGAGGACGAGGGUCCGGGGCACAAACUCCUAACCGUCCCCCUACCUCCGGGCGAGGGCUGGGGAGAGAGAGAGAGAGAGAGGACAGGGAGGGAGAGAAAGGAGGAAUUGGGUCGCCGGUCGGUUCUUCAAGCAGAUUUGGGGCAGGCGAGGGGCUUCCAGCGGGUCCACCAUUUGGCCAUGAUGGUGGCACUUGGGGCAGUCAGGGAGAUUCGAUUUGGCAGCUUGCUGAGGUCGCAACCUGAAAAGGAGAGGUGAAAGUUUUCCCCUUCCCCAAAUAUCUCUGAUGUUCCGGAUGGGUCAAGUUUGGUACCUGGUUUGGGCUACUGCUGGCGGCCAACAUGUUUGAGGCACGGUCCAGCUCAGGAACGCCAGAGGCAGAAGAACCUCAAAAUGGAGGGGGUGUCUGCAGAUUUUUGGGGUGCGAUAUCCACAGGUUUUUGGGGUGCGGCUGUUGACUGGCAGCACAUGGCUUCCUCCUCAACCCCAUCAGUUCCCUUAUCAGAGCUGUUCCUGCAGUCUUUCUGAAGGGCUUUUUGUUGCAUUUCGGAGGAGAGGGCCCCCUUCCACCACCCCCCUUUGGGCAAAAAUCUGUGGGGUCUCAGCCAACCCCCUAUUUUAGGCUAGAGAGGAGAGCCCACAAACAGUGAGUUUGGGGAAUUCUAUGAGGAGAACAAGGUCUGCUUGACUCUCAAGAGUCCUGUCGGAUUGUGUCCCCUCCUUCCAGGUAACCCCCCCUUUGUGUUUUGAGGGGCUGUUGAGCCCCCACUUCUUAGUCUUGCAGCUACUCUACAUCCGCCCCAAAGCAGAUUUGGAGAGGAUGGAAAACCUCAGCACAGAUUUGCUCCUCAAAUCCCUCCGCUCAACAUGAGGAAUGAUGGGUAAUGUUAAAUCUCGGGUCUGUGUUUCCUUCCCCCACCUCGCUCUAACAGCAAAAAGUAUAUUAUAUUUGGCAAAGUAAAUCACUGCCUUAAAACAGAGAGGUUGCUCUAAGUACCUCCCCUGCGUUUGAAAAUCUGGAAAGAGGCAGCCUUCGCAGCAAAUUCAUAGCCUCAGCUUUGCCUCAUGUUGCAUUAGCCAAAUUUUAUUCCAAUGAUUUCCGAACAGGCUGUGUGCAAAACCAGCCAUGUCGCUAGUCCUCAUCGUAAAUGCUUGUGGGCCCUUGAAUUAGAGAUGAAUAAUCUCCUAUUUGAGGGACGCGGGUGGCGCUGUGGGUUAAGCCACAGAGCCUAGGACUUGCCAAUCAGAAGGUCGGCGGUUCGAAUCCCCGCAAUGACGGGGUGAGCUCCCGUUGCUCGGUCCCUGCUCCUAACAACCUAGCAGUUCGAAAGCACAUCAAAGUGCAAGUAGAUAAAUAGGUACUGCUCUGGCGGGAAGGUAAACAGCGUUUCUGUGCGCUGCUCUGGUUCGCCAGAAGCGGCUUAGUCCUGCUGGCCACAUGACCCGGAAGCUGUACGCCGGCUCCCUCGGCCAGUAAAGCAAGAUGAGCGCCACAACCCCAGAGUCGGCCACGACUGGACCUAACGGUCAGGGGUCCCUUUACCAUUUUUAAUCUCCUAUUUGCCUCUCACCUCUUCCCGCCGGUAAAAUCUGCCCAGUAAAACAGAACAAGCCCCGCCCUUUCCCUUUUUCUGCUUGAAGAACAGAGGUGGAAUUUGAAGUACCAGGAAGCGGUUGGGAGCAGACGAGACACUGUUUUGAACCAACGUCCAUGCAUGGUCAACAUAUCUUGCACUAAACAAAAUGAAAACAAGGGGAUUAUUUUUUGGUUUUGCUUUUCCUGACGGUGCUCGUAAAAAAGCAGGCGGGGGAUGGGUGGGGGCGAGAAGGGAUGGUUCUGGAAAAUCCAUGAUUUUUUAUUUAUUUUUUUAUAAUUUUCAGUGGCAGGGAAAACAAAGGCCGAGGAGACAUCGCCUCGCCUUUGCAACAUGUGAAAGAGACCGGUGCGUGCUUUUUCUCUCUCAAAAAAGGACAAAAUUAUUGCAAUAAGGACUUCAGACCGCAGUAGCAGUGCCAAGGAUGGAAUUUAAACAGCCUGCUGCUGCCUUUUCUUAAUUUGCUGUGUGAAUAGGAUAGAAGCAGGGAGAGUUUAGGCCAGAUUUUUUUUUUUGGGGGGGGAGGGAAAUUCACAAUUAAUUGCAGGUAUUCUGCCGUUUUUAAUUUGGCGCAAGCUGGAAAAUCGGUCACCGUAGCUUAGAGAGGUAGUCACAGGUAGAACUUUUAGCCAUUGGGGGAAAUGGGCAGGGCGUGUGCCUGGCAAGGCUUUGUGUGGGGUUGGUUUCUGCCCCCCCUUCUUUUCCCACAGUCGUGAAACUCUAUGUCCUACGGAGGGGAAAACCCCCAGCCCUUUGCGCCCAACCACAGCUACUUAAAGAGUACACAGGUCUCCCUGCUCCAGCUGUUUCGAAAUCGCAUCACCAUCACACGCGCCGACUCCCAGCUUGCAAAAUGCUGCGGUUAGUGCUUCGCUCACCUUAGAAGGGAUGGAGUUAGGGCCACCUUUCCCCUCCGUCCGUCGCGGGCCCCCCAAAUGGAUUACGCCGCAAGCCCAGAGACAGAAUCUCAGGUCAGAUCCCGAGGAAACGGCAUCUUUUGUCUUUCCCCCCCAUUCGCCAUCUGACUUACGGGAGGGCCGCUUUGCAGAAACAAACAAACAAAUAAGGGAAAGAAAUCGCCCCGCUCUCCAGAUCUCUAGCUGUGUUUCCCUCGACUUCGCUGGAUUCGAUGCACCAUUGGCCAAUAGUGCAAUUCCACCCCCCGCUAAAAAAGCCAUUGAAAGCAGUCAUGUGCUGCGAGGAACUUAGACAUGACGGCCGUUUCCGUCGCUGACCCUUUGAGGUGGCAAGGCAAGGAAGAGUGGUACCCACACGUCUACAACUGCAAACCGCUCUCUGAAAAACAUCAGCCGUGGCGGACGAAAGAAUGGACUGCAUUUGCUUAUAUCGUUCUUCCACGGCGGAAGCGCUAUGUUAUUAUUAUUUUUUUUGCAACGGGCGACGAGCUUUUUUCCUUUCUUUUCGGUAACAGCAAUAAUGCGACGAUAGCAGGUGGGGAUUGGUGCUGACGACCCUUACGGAUUUCUUGCAGAUUGCCGUAUUAUUUGCUCUAUAAGACUCACUUUCCCCCUCCUAAAAAGUAAGGGGCAAUGUGUGUGCGUCUUACGGAGCGAAUGCAGGCUGCGCAGCUAUCCCAGAAGCCAGAACAGCAAGAGGGAUUGCUGCUUUCGCUGCGCAGCGAUCCCUCUUGCUGUUCUGGCUUCUGAGAUUCAGAAUAUUUCUUUUCUUGUUUUCCUCCUCCAAAAACUAGGUGCGUCUUGUGGUCUGGUGCGUCUUAUAGAGCGAAAAAUACGGUAUGCAUUAACGCCAGAAAAGGCUUGCGGGGUUCUUGACACCCGCUGCCAAGGCGAUGGGGCGAUGGUCCAGCUAGGAGUUGAGGAGGGUCCCUUCGCCAGGUGGACUGCAGGCACCUGAACCCCAUCGUUGUACCCCCGAGAACAGGACACAAUUUAGCCAAAGUGGGCGAGCGCUUAACCCACUGUAGAAAAAGCGAGCACUUGCGACAGGUUAUAGACGCUGUCUUCGCAUUGCCUUUAUUGUAGAAGGUGCUUCGACGGUGGCCCACUAAUUCAUCGACCUUCAUGAUGUCAGCCUACCAAAGCUUCAAACCCGGCAGGGGGGAAUUUGGGGGAGUGCCUCUCGGAUGCAAGGGACGCAGGUGGCGCUGUGGGUUAAACCACAGAGCCUAGGACUUGCCGAUCAGAAGGUCAGCAGUUCGAAUCCCCGCAAUGACGGGGUAAGCUCCCGUUGCUCGGUCCCUGCUCCUGCCAACCUAGCAGUUCAAAAGCACGUCAAAGUGCAAGUAGAUCAAUAGGUACCACUCCAGCGGGAAGGUAAACGGCGUUUCCGUGCGCUGCUCUGGUUCGCCAGAAGCGGCUUAGUCAUGCUGGCCACAUGACCCGGAAGCUGUACGCCGGCUCCCUCGGCCAAUAAAGCGAGAUGAGCGCCGCAACCCCAGAGUCGGCCACCACUGGACCUAGUAAGUCAGGGGUCCCUUUAGCUUUUACUCUCGGAUGCAACAGAGAUAAUUGAAGGUGAUAGGGAGGUGUGGUGAGAAUGCAGUUUGUAGACCCCCCAAAAAACCCAGCACCCCCCCCCCACCAAUGGCAAAGCCCGAACACAGAUCCCUGCGAGCAAUUUAUACAUGCACCUGUGUCAAUGUCUUACUCUUCCAAGCAAUGAACUGUCCAAAAUGGGGGGGGGGUGGUUGUCGUCGGGGCGGGACAAGAAAAAGGGAGUAGUACUACUAUUAUUUAUUAACUUGCUGCAUUUUAAUUUAUUUUUGGCGUCUCGGACAAAGGGAGGAAACAAAAGAAAAAAAGCGUUGGGGCGGGUUUUCAAUUUCUU